AUGAGAAUGAAGCUAUUUGAAAUGUAUAUCGCUCUUUUGAUAUGUCUUGUGCAAGUGCACGAUUCAGUUUGCAGUCACUUUCGAGGUGGCACGUUUACGUACAGGCCAGUUGACCCGAGCAAUCCUGCGAAUUUGAGGGUAAGUUCCCAGGAAGAAAUCGUCUUAACGAUGUCAACUGUCGACGGAAAUGAUAACAGUUUAAUAUAUUGCCGUAACCCUAGAACCCUGCAGGUGUUUUCGAGAAGGAAUAACGCUAAGAAUGGGUUAUUCUUGCCUUUUCUCCCUUCUCUAAAUGAUAUCUCACUGAAGUCUUAAUGGGUAAUGAUAAUUAUGAAACAUUGAAAGAGUUGUUGUCCAUAAGCCCUGCACGUUGAAGUAACAACUUGUCCACCCUCAUUCGUUGCGCAGAAUUCAACCAUAAAAAUUGCCGAAAAAAAGGGAAAAUUGUUCGUUUUCUUUAAAACUCUUACGAAGUAGCGUUUAAUGAUAUGUUUUCAAUACGGUUUGGUUAAAUACUACAUGUAGUUUGUCUUUAAAUAAAGCGUUUCCGUGUCUCCCAAUAAAUGUUAUACCUUGUUCUUUCUAAGAAAAGGCAGCUAAUGGCGGAAUUUUCUUUCAGACAGUAUAACUUAUUUUGAAAGGAACUGUCUGACUCAGUGCUUUUCUUGAAAAUACAUCACAUUGUUCAGUUAAUCUUGUACAUGAAGAGUAAUGUAAAAUGAUUUAGCGUGUACUAUAUUGAACCAAGGCAAACUAAUGCAAAGAUAUUCCAUUACAAUUCAACGUAAGUUUUUAUGAUCAAUUUCUGAGAAUUUGCGUCUAGUUGGUAAUCCCUAACCCUAACGUUAGACCUUAGCACCGUAAAGGCAACUUAAUCGUGACAACUAACCUGAUCUAUUCAAAAAGAUCGAUCUAGGCAAACGCAUAUAUACCUGUGUUUUGUAGGCAUAUCCUGCGCAAUCCUAGGAUUAAUUAACAAUUAUUGCGUGAGGUUUUUACCAUACCUGGAGUAAUGGAGUUUGAGGUAAAAAGUAAGUGUUAUUCGGCUUCGGCUGAUAACAUUUACUGAGACCUUGAUUAUUCUGGGUAUCGCAAAAACCGACUCUAAUAUAUGUUUUUAUAAUACACUGUUUUGAGGAAAAUAACCACAAUUAACACGCCAACGCACGAAACACGGUUUGACAUUGCGGGUUAUGGUGAUCAUGCAUUGCGUGCGCAACCUACCAAUGCUAGAGGAUAAUUUUAAAUUAUCCCAAUCUUUAGGUUCCGCCAAUUUUCACAACUGAAUUUAGUUGUGAUAUAUUUCUUAAAAAAAAAAAUGAAAAAUAGAAAUAACAAAAAAUAAUAAUAAUUAAAAAAAAAAAACCUUUUUCACUUCGGCUGUCAAGCCAUUCAUUUACAGAAACACCGUGUACUGGCCUAUUAUCCAAUGAUAACAUUAGCGAGUUUUUGUACAGGAAAACUCCUCAGUACUGUAAGCUACCACAUUACACACAUCAUUUAUUUCACACGCUAGGGAUUUCUGUGAGCUAGUAGUUAGGGAAAUGGUUAUCCUGGCUCAGUCUUCGAAUUUCCAGAAUUGCAUUAAAAAAACUAAUAAAAUCCCAGAAUAUGCAAGGGAUUUUAAAAAAGAAUACCUUUUAAUAAUAGGUAUAGAAAAAAUGUUUUCGUUUUUUUCAAGAAUACGAAAUAGGUUAUAAAAAAAUUUUUGCUUCUAGAUAUUCUGAUACAAUUAGGUAUUCUAUAAAAAGAUUUUUAAAAGGUCAAGAAAGUGGUAAACUUAAAGAUACUACUAAUCUUGUUCUAAGAAAAUAUGAUUUUUCUCAUAUUUAUCGUUUAUACCAAGAUUUGGUUUUUGAUUUUGAAAACGUUCAAAUAAGAAGACCUUAUAAAAACAAAGCUUUUAGAGAUUUUUAUAAGUUGUUUAGUAAAUUUUAUAAAAAAAGUAAUAAAUGUGUAUGAUGUUGUUGAUGAUGGAGAGUAUAUGAAGCCAAUUGAAUAUAAUUGUAAAUCUUAUAUUGAAUAUUUUGAUAAUGGGAGUGAUAGUGACGAUAGUGGAAGGGAUAGUGAUGAUAUUUAUAGUGAUUAAUUAUAACUUAAACAUUUACGUCUAAUAAUAUAAUCUUAUUAUAAGACGUCAUGUCUAACCAAUCAACUGAUGGUUUUCAGGGUUCUCAACCCUUUAUAACAGAUAAACAAUUUCAGAAUUCAUCUUUGGAUGAAAUAAGACAUAUAAUAGCAGAAGAAAAAGAAGAACUUAAGAAAGAUUAUAAGGAAUUAGGAAAAAGAAGAAAAUUAAUUAAACAAUAUAAAAAAUUAAAAGAAGCUAGAGAAAAAGUAAAACAAGGUAUAGAUAUAAAAAAAGAAAUCAAAAAACCUAAACCCUCAGCCAAAACGGUGGUUCCUUUUAAAAAGAUGAAAACAUUUGACGAGUAUUUUGAGGAAUGUAUAAAAAAUAGAAAGAUCCCAAAAGAUACUCCUUCUUAUUUUCGUGAAGCUCUUGGGCGUGCUAUUUUAGAAUAUGACCAAGGACUUGAAAAAGAAAAAUCAGCUUUUGAAGACUUUGCUGUUAAGUACACUAUUCAAGGAAUUCCUGGUCUUACUCCAAUUCAGUUUUUUGAGCGAAUCUAUAAAACUUUAAAAGAUUUUUUUACAUAUCAUCGAAAUAUAAAAUUUAAGAUGAUUUUGGUUUGUAUCAGGGAAAAACAAACUAUUCAACAAAAUGUUGGUGUUGUAGGAUUAGAAGAAGGUAAAUCUUACUUUACUUCAGGUACGUAUAAUAAUAUUAAAUCAACAGAUGUUGACAAAUUAAUUAAAAUAUGUAUAGAUGGUAUUGAAGGAGGUAUUGAAAAUUAUCAAGAAACUGGAAGUGCAUGGUAUUUUAAAGAAGUUGAAAAACUUGAAAUUCAUACUGUUGAAUAUAAUCCAACAAAGGGGUCAUCUUACAUUCCUCUUCCGGAUUGGAUAUCAAAUAAAAAAGCAAUUGUUAAUAUUGAAAACAAAGUUGAGAAAUGCUUUAUUUGGUGUAUACUUAGAUAUCUUCAUCCAAGAAAAGAUAAUGAUAGCCGAUUGGCAGAUUUAAAAAAGUAUGAGUUUUCACUUAACACUAAAGGAAUUACUUUUCCUAUGAAAUUAAAAGAUAUCACCAAAUUUGAAAAACUUAAUCCAUCAAUUCCAGGAAUCAAUGUCUUUUCAGUUAAUGAAAGUAAAAAUUUUUAUCCUUUGAGAAUGGCAACGAGAGAUUUUUUAAAUACUAUUGAUUUAUUUUUGUAUGAAGAAGAUGGUGUUUCACAUUAUUCACUAAUUAAAAACUUUACUCGUUUGAUAAAGACGGAAAAAACUGCAAGUAAGAAUGGUACAAUAUUUAUUUGUAAGAAGUGUUUUACUCAUUACACUAAAGAAGAAUUAUUACAAAAACAUACCUUAUAUUGUUCAAAUAAUGAAACAGGUUCUGUAAAAAUGCCUCAAAAAAACACAAUGUUACAUUUUAAAAAUUACUACAAACAACUUCCUAUUCCUUUUGUAGUUUAUGCAGAUUUUGAAUGCUUUACCAAACCAAUGAAUACUUGCAGUCCUAAUCCAAAAGAAUCGUAUAAUUACAACUAACAAAAGCAUGAACCAUCAGGAUUUUGUUUUUAUAUAAAAUGAGUGGUUGAUAAAAAAUUUAAACCAAUCAUUUAUUCAAAAACAAAAGAAGAUGAAGAUAUAUCAAAAGUAUUUGUAGAAAAACUUACAGAAGUAACUAAAGGUAUAUAUAAUGAUUUUUAUCGUAGACCAAAACCUCUUAGGCUAACUCGAGCUGAACAAAAAUCAUUUGAUGAAGCGGAAAUUUGUCAUGUUUGUAAAAAAGAAUUAAAAAAAGAUAAAGCAAGAGAUCAUUGUCAUUUUACUGGCCAGUACCGUGGUGCAGCUCAUAACAGUUGUAAUUUGCAGUGUCGAAAACCAAUGAUUCUUCCAGUUAUAUUUCAUAAUCUUCAAGGAUAUGAUGCUCAUUUAUUUAUAAAACAACUUGCUCGUUUACCAGGUGAUUUGAACUGUAUUCCAUCAACAGAGGAAAAAUAUAUUUCCUUUUCUAAAAGUAUUAAGGUUGAUGAGUACAGGUCUAAUAAAAGUGGGUUAAUGGUUCCAAUAAAUUUUGAAAUACGAUUUUUAGAUUCAUUCAAGUUUCUUCAAACAUCACUUGCCAAUCCAGUUGGAAAUUUACAACCAGGUGAUUUCCAUAAUACAAAACAAGUAUUUAAGAAAAAUGUAAACCUACUAACUCGUAAGGGAGUUUAUCCUUAUGACUAUGUUUCAUCUCUCGAAAAACUAUACGAAACACAAUUACCUCCAAAAGAGGAAUUCUAUUCAAAGCUAAGUGAUGGAGAAAUAAGUGAUGAUGAUUACUAACAUACUAUUAAUGUAUGGAAUACCUUUGAAUGUAAAUCAAUAAGAGAUUAUCAUAAUCUUUACCUAAAGUCUGAUGUCCUACUUCUGUCAGAUGUAUUUGAAAACUUUAGAAAAACUUGUCUCAAACAUUACAAGCUAGAUCCAGCUCAUUUUUACGCAUCUCCCGGUCUAGCUUGGGAUCCAUGUCUCAAAGAAACAGGACAGGAAUUACAGUUACUACAUGAUUAUGAUAUGUUAAUGAUGUUUGAGCGAGGUAUUCGUGGUGGAAUAUCUCACAUAUCAAAAAGAUACGCAGAAGCGAAUAAUAAAUACAUGAAAGAUUAUAAUCCUGAUGAGGAGUCUAGUUAUAUUCAAUAUCUUGAUGCAAACAAUCUUUACGGCUGGGCAAUGUCUCAACAACUUCCUACACAUGGAUUUAAAUGGAUGAGAAACCUAACAAAAGAGUCCGUAAUGGAAAUUCUAGAGGAAGCAAAUCAUAGUAUGUCAAAUCGAGGAAGAAAAGGCUAUAUAUUUGAAGUUCAUUUGGAAUAUCCUUCCAGCCUAUGGGAAGAUCAUAAUGACUAUCCUCUAGCACCUGAGAAGAUGAUUGUUAAUGGCGUUGAAAAAUUAACUUGUCAUUUUAAACCAAGAAAAAACUAUGUUGUUCAUUAUCGAAAUCUUAGACAAUAUCUUGAGAUGGGAAUGAGAAUAACUGCCGUUCAUAGAGGAAUAUCUUUUAACCAAUCUUCUUGGAUGGAACCAUAUAAAAGAAAAAAUACAGAACUUCGAAAAACAGCAGCCAACAGUUUUGAGAAAGACUUUUCAAACUAAUGAAUAAUUCAGUAUUUGGAAAAACAAUACAAAACAUAAGGAAAAGACAGAAUAUACUUCUUAUUGAUAAUCGUAAGAAAGCUGUCAAACUAACAAGUCGUCCAAACUUUGAUAGAGUAACAAUAUUUGAUAAAAAUCUUAUUGCUGUUCAUAUGAAGAAGACUGAAGUUUAUUUUAACAAACCAGCAUAUGUUGGUCAAGCAAUUCUAGAUUUAUCAAAAACAUUAAUGUUUGAUUUUCAUUAUAACUACAUUAAAAAGAAAUAUAAAGAUAAAGCUGAGUUAUUGUUUACUGAUACGGACUCAUUGAUGUACCAAAUUAAAACAGAUGAUUUUUACAAAGAUAUAUCCCGUGACAUACUAACCAAGUUUGACACUGAUUAUCCUCCUGAUCACGAAUCUGGAAUACCAACAGGAGUUAACAAAAAAGUAAUUGGGAUGUUUAAAGAUGAAGUAGCAGGAAAACAGAUUACUUGUUUUGUUGGAUUGCGUCCCAAACUUUACAGUUUUAGAAUUGAAGAAGAUAAAGAAGUACGUAAAUGCAAAGGAAUAAAGAAAAAUGUUGUAAAAAAGAAAUUAGAUUUUGAUGACUAUGUUCAAUGUUUAUUUUUGGGCAAAAAACAAAUGAGAAAAAUAAAAAUAAUAAGAAGUGAAAAUUAUGAUAUAUAUUCAAAAGAAGUUAACAAAGUAGCUCUAAGUAAUGAAGAUGAUAAACGCGAAGUACUCUUGGGAAAAGUAAAAACGAUAGCUUUAAGGUAAUAAAGUAAAAAUAAUAAAUGUCAUAUACAGAAGAUCAAAUAAAGCAAUAUCUAGAAAUAUUGCAUAAUUAUACUUGUCAAACUGUAGAGGAAGUGGAUAAUAGUAGAAAAGCUAAAUGUUGUAAUUGCCAAAGUGAUAGUUUUACUAUUGAUUCUGGUUAUAAAAUCUGUGAUUACUGUGGAGUAGCAAACGGUCAUGUAUUAGGUUUUUACGAUGUUAAAGAUUACGAUAGAUUAUAUUUUCGAAAAAAGAGUAUUUAUCAGAGAAAGUAUCACUAUGAGAAAAAGGUUAAUCAAGUUUCUAAAAGAAUAAACCUAACUGAUGAACAAAAAUAUGAACUUUACAAUAAACUAAUGACAAUAGACAAUAAUGUUAUGGAAAUACUAAACAAGCAAUACUGUAGAAAGAGAAUGAUAAGUAUUUUUUAUUUAAUCAAAAAACUUUUGGAAGAAAUGGGUUGUGAAAAGAGCAAACUAGUUUAUCUUAAGAUUUCUCCACAAACUUUAGAGAAUUAUGAAAAGUGGUGGGAUAGUUAUAAAUCACUCAACAACACCUCUGUGAAAAAACCAAUAAAUAAUACCAGUUAGAUAACCAAGUACUUCACAUUCUUUGAAAGGAGUAUUGAUAGUAUAAACACAACCUCUUCCAAUUCUAUAAUGUUUCCAAAAAGCUUUGAAAGCGAGAUUAAAUAUUAGAUGAUUUGUAAUAAUAUUUGAAUCUGAGUUAAGAUAGUGUCUUGCUUCUGUUAGUCUGUAAAUAAUUUGAUCAAUGUCUAGUUUUUGAGUAAAGUACUUUAUGUAGAGAAACUGGUAAACAAGACACGCUUUUAUGAAGUUAUCUGAAUAAAAUUGAUUUUUAUAAGUUGGGAAGUAUAAGUUUACAUAUGCUACAAUUGAUUUGAUCAUUUCUAUCUUAUGUGUAGAUAGAAAAUUAAUAUAAUUAAAUAUAAAAAUGAGUGUUGUUAUUACUAAAGAAGAUACAAAAAAAGAAGGAAUAAAGCUUCUUUCUGAUUUAAGAGUAUUUAUUAAAGAUUUAGAAAAUUCUAAAGAUUUAAUUAAAAAAAACAAAAGAGGACCUUAGAAUAGCAGAAAAUGUUGCAAUGUAUUUCCAAGCAAAAAGAGAAAAUAGACAAGAGUUUAAUAGUUGUAGUUGGUUUGAUAUAUAUCAAAGUUAUGCUAUGAAUAAAACAGAAGAUGCAAGGGAAAAACUUUAAGAAGCAAUUCCUUCUUCUGUUUCUUUUAGUCCUGAUUUGGAAAGCAUUGAAAAAAUAUUUCUUAUGUUAGAUUUUGAAAUGGAAUUAAAUGAAGAUUUGUAUUAUGAUAUUAAAAGGUUUUUAUGUAAAAACUUUUUAUUAAUUGGUGUAGAAUAGAAAAUUAAUUAAGGCUUUAAGUUUAAUAAUAAAAAAUAAAGAUGGAAAACACUUUAGAAAAAUCUUUUACCAAUAAACAACUUGGAAUAAAGUUAAACUCAUAUAUAGAUGAAAAACUAAGGGUUUGGUUUAAAGCGAAAGAGGUAGCUCAAAUAUUAGGUUACAAAAAUACGGAAAAAGCUAUAAAGAGUCAUGUAAGUGAAAAUCAUGAAAGAACUUUUCUUUUUUGUUGCCCGUGUGAAACGCACGGUCAGGUAAUUAAAGAUAAAAAAAGCUGCCAGCCUGAAACGGGCGGUCAACACUAAGGAAGAUGAUAAUUAUAAAAAAAGUUCACCAGCGUGAAACACGUGGUUGAACUAUGACUUAUUUAAAAAAGAUUUAAAGAUAAAAAAUGAUAAUAUAAAUGUCAAAUAUGUUGGAAAAAACUUUUAAAAAUGAAGAGUUAGGAAUUGAGUUAACAUCAUUUAUUGAUAAUCAGCAAAAUACUUGGUUUCUCGAAAAAGAAGUUGCUGAGUUACUUGGUUAUAGUAAUGUAAGAAAAGCUAUCUGGAAUCAUGUUGAUAGUGAGGAUAAAAAGCUGAUUUGUUGGCGUACCCAAAAUGGGGACGGCAACAUUUCUGAUUUACGAGGUAAAUAUUAUACAUUCAUAAAUGAAAGUGGUUUCUACUCCCUUGUUUUAUCCUCUAAAUUAGAAACCACCAAAAAGUUUAAACAUUGGAUUACCUCAGAAAUACUUCUAUCUAUAAGAAAAUUUGGCUAUUACAAACUUUUUGACAACCCAAAUAAUAAAAUGUUUAAGAUUGAAAAUGAAAUGGAUUUACACUCUAAAGUUGUUGAACUAAUUAGAAAUUUUUAUCCAAAUGCUAUUAUGGUUCCAGGACUUGGGGAAAACCAAGAUACACCAGACAAAAGAAUUAACAGUUGGAAAAAAGGCUAUAUGCGAGGUCAACCAGAUUUAAUGAUUCUUGAUUUUCACAAAGAUUAUAAAGGUCUCUGUAUCGAAUUCAAAUCACCAACUAACAAUUACUGUGUAUCAGAAUCACAACUAAAAAUGAAAGAAAAGUACCGUGAUAAUGAAUAUGCGUUUAUACUAAGUAAUGAUUAUGAUAAGAUCAGCAAACUUAUUCAUAAAUAUAUGGCUGGUGUGCGUAUUCCAUGUAAAUAUUGCUCAAAAGCGUUUAAAAAUAAAAAAACUCUAAAUAGUCAUUAUAAGGUAAUUCAUCGGAUUGAGAAAAAAUCUAAUUUUGAUAUUAGUACUAAUAUCAAAAUGUUAGAAAAAUCUUCUAUAAAUAAACAACUAGGAAUUAUAUACUAUUUAACAUCUUAAUCUUUCAACCAUUUUUCUUGUUCUUGAAAUAUUUUCUAAAGUGUAUUUGAUAUCUCUAUAGUUUCUCAUAUCAUCUAAAUACUUUUUACAUCUUUUAACCAAUUUUGAAUCAAAACCAAAUCUUUUUGGGUCAGUAAAAAAAAGACAAUAAGUAUUAGCUUUUUCUAAUAACAAUUCAUCAUAAUCUCCAAGUAUAGAAUCAACUUCUUUACAAAUUUUUUCCCCUUCUAUAGCUAACGUUAAUUUGUAAGAACUAAGUAGUUCUUUAUCAAAUUUUUCAAAACUUUCCAUUCUAAUUUAUACUCAGAUUAAAUUUUUUUUAUACCUACUAUCAAAUCUAUCUGCUAUAGGAGUUUGAUCAAUUAUCAUUUCAUCUACCAACUUCAUAUGAUCAACAAACUCUUGUUUGUUCCACUCAUCUCCCCGAAGAGCUGCACGGAGUUCAACGAGAACUUUUUCAUAAGUAGUAAAUGCAAUCCUUGACAUUUCAAUUUUUGUUUUGUAAUAUUUUUUUUUUCCAAUUCCAGCUACAAUAACUCCAGCACCAUUUACAACUCCAAGAACAACAGGGUUUAGAGUUAUUCCACCGGAAAUAUUUCCAAUUGCAACCAAGCAUAUUCCAGAGAUUGUAAAAAAAUUAUCAAGAAAUUUAGAACUCUUAUAAGUCCGCUUAAAACACCAAUAUUUUUUGUGGUAAUGACUGUAAAAGUCUUUGAGGGUUUUAAUUUCUGAUUCUGACAGAGAUUUAUCAAUAUGAUUAAAUUCAAAGAUAUCCUUCAUUUAUAUCUAUACUAUAUAAGAUCCAUUUAACUUUUCUUGAAGCAUUACUUUAUGAUAUUGCUCAGAGUCGGUGUCGUAAAAGUUUGGAGAAUACAUUAUUUUACUUAACACUCCACCUUUAGUUGAAAACUCAAACACUUCUUCGCGGGUGUAACGAACUGUUUGUAAACUUAAUAUUCCGCUGUAGUUACUUAUUUUAACUUUUGUAAUAUUUGCGUUAAAAUUUUCUGUCAACCAUAUAACAAUUUUUUUUUCCAUUAAAACUACUUGGUAAGGUAAGACGUUUAACUUGAUUAUUAACCCUUAAUUCUACCAUGUUGAUUGUACUAUGAUAGGUUAAAGUUAGUAAAAUACUUCUACUAUUUGGAUCUUUUUUUCUUAUACUAAAAUCUCUAUUAUUCCAAAAAUAAAAAACAAUACAUAAUGUAUAUUUUGAAGUACCAGGAUCAGAAGAAAAAUUAGUAGUAUAAUUAGUAACAUCUAAGCCUUCUUUUUUUAUAUCAUCUAUGGUUUUAUUAGGCAUACCCAUAUCACUUAAAGGAUUACCGCUAAUAGAAGCUAAAUUGUUAAAAACAAUACCAGAUGAGGUUCUACUUAAUUUGUAAUUAGCGGCAUCAGUAAAAUCAUAAACUUCUUUAAAAUGUUUUGUAUAUAAAUUAUUUAUAGUGUGAGGAAUUAAUUCCUUUACCAUUCCAACUGUUGCAGCACUAUUGUUACUGUUUCUAUCGAGAUUAAUGUUUAAUAUUUUUUAUUAUUUGCAUUUAUAUCAACAUUGUACACCACUUGUGUUGGGUGGAUGUCAAAUGCGGUGUGAUAGUCGUAAACUUUAUCUGGAUCGAUAUUGCUAAAUGUUCCCACAAUUCCAUAAGUAAUUAUAUAAACUCCUGAAAACUGUCUCGGAUACACAGCCAGGUCAGUUCCAUCUUGUGGUAUAUUAACCAAAAUGUGAAGAAAGAAUCUAUUUCCAGAUGACAACUUCUUAAAAUUAACUAUUAUUCUAUGGUAAUACAUAAAUUGUGUUUGUCCCUUUGAAUCGCUGUACCUAUGGGAGAGCUUCCUUACACUAACAUUUCCAAUUGAUAAUCCUGUUGAAGUUCCUUUGUCUACAGUUAUUUGAGACUUAUGCGACAGUUGAUAAUCAGUGUUGAGUAUUUCCAAACACAACGUGUAAUCAGUAUUUGCACUUAACCUGUAAAAGUUGAUUCCCAUUUUGUACUUAUAUCAGCCUUGAGAACUUUUGUUUAUUGUUACAAAAAUUACUUUGUGUUUAUAGUUAUGAAAAUUAUCUUUAGAAGGAGAUAAGUCUCCUAUUCUUGUUAUAAUAAAACUAGUUCCAGUAUCUAUUUCAUCAGUCCAUUGUGCCGCACUAGACAUAAGAUAAGCAAACUGGUCGUUGUAAUGACUUGGUUGAACUGCAGUGUGAUGAACUAGUUUAUCAGCAUAAUCUUUAGUUACUGCUUCAUUGUCUUGGGUUGGCUUACUAAGAUUUAUUAUUUUAUUGUUGUUAAGAUUCAAGUCUCCAGUCAUAGCGACAGUACCAUCUUUUUUCAAAUAAUCACUCAAAUCUGGACUUCCAGUAUUAUCAUCAACAUACUUUUUGGUUGCAGCAUCUGUGUUUGACACUGGAGUUGCGAGACCAACUAUUUUAUUAUUACCAACAUUAAAGUCUCCAGUCAUAGGAACAGUACCAUCUUUUUUCAAAUAAUUACUCAAAUCUGGACUUCCGGCAUUAUCAUCCACAUACUUUUUGGUGGCAGCAUCUGUGUUUGAUGUUGGAGUUGCGAGACCAACUAUUUUAUUGUUGUUAAGAUUUAAGUUUCCAGUCAUAGCGACAGUACCAUCUUUUUCCAAAUAAUUACUAAAAUCUGGGGCAGCUGUGUUAUCAUCCACAUAUUUCUUUCUUGCAGCAUCUGUGUUUGUCGUUGGAGUUGCGAGACCAAUUAUUUUUUUGUUUCCAAGAUUUAGGUUAUUAGUCAUUGAUAUACUUCCAUCUUUUUUUUUAAAGAACUAGUAUCAGGUAUUGAGUCAUCCACAUACUUUUUGGUUGUUGCAUCUGUGUUUGAUGUUGGUGGUCUAAGGUUAAUUAUUUUUUUAUUAUCCAUGUUUAGAUUAUUAGUCAUUUUAUUUGUUCCAGCAACGUGGAGAUACUUCAAAUCUGUAAAAGCUAAUGGUGUUGGUUGAUUACCUCCAUUUGGAGCUGGUAGAUUAAAUAUUCGAUUAUUGCCCAUAUUGAGAUUACCUUUCAUUGGGUAGGAACCAUCUCUGUCAAGAAAUGUGUUGUCUACGUAAUAUUUUGUGGCUGGUUCUUUAAGGUCUAGUGGUGGGUUAAGAUUUGUAAUUCGGUAUCUAUUCUUCAUAUCAAUGUUUGAAUCAACUGUCAAUCGUGUUGUUGUGGGUGAUCCACUGGAAUUGUCAUCAACAUAUUUUUUUGUAGCAGCAUCAGUAUUAGAAUUAGGCGCACCAACAUUUGUGAGUCUUUUACCAUUUAUAUCAUAAUUUCCAUCUGCGGUUAGACUAAAACCAACUCCUGGAGCACCCUGAAUUCCUUUAGCAAAAGGAUGAUCAAAAGAUUGUUCGUUAAAUAUUCCCAUUUUUAUUUAUUAGUUUAGAUUACUAGUAAAGUUUUUAGCAAUACGUUUUCUAGGUUUAUCAACAUAUAGAAAUGUAAAGGGUUUUUUUGUUGCUGCUUUAUAUGUCUCUUUGUUAACUCCCAAUUCAGAUGAUAUUCUGUUUGCUUCCCUCGAUGAUGGAAAUUCGUAAAGGCAGUAAUGAGAACAAUUCAGCCGAAUAUCCUUUGGAGUUUUGUAAAAUGAUUGACUAGAUUACAGAGCAAUUCUUAUGUCGUCCUUGAAUAAAAUAAUCUAUUAACUGUCUCUGGUUUUUAUCACAAACAUAAUCAUCAAAUAUCACAAGUUUUUUAUUGUCCUCAUAAUCCAUUUCUGUCACUGGAGUUAUUUCAUCAUUACUCACAUGAAGUAUUUCAUAUCCUAAUUUACUACUCAACUCCCUCAUUUUUUGAAUUAAGUUUUGAUACUUAUCCUGCUCUAAAUUACGCGGAUAAAGAUAAAUUUCAUCAUAGUACAACAGCGGUUUAAUUAACAUGUGAUAUAACAGAUUAGUCUUACCACUUCCACUGUUUCCACAAAUUAACAUCCGAAAUGUAUCUAAUGGCAUGUAAGGAAAUAACUGUUUAUAUUUUUUAUCCGGGCCACUAGUACUAUCAUAGUUUGGUAUUUCCAUUUAUCUAUUUAUUAGAUAAAAUGGAUAUUGAAGAAUACAAAAAACUUGCAAGAAAUAAAAUUGAAGCUGAUUCUUUGACUAAACAGGUGAGAGAUGUAAUAAAAAUAACAAAAUGGCAAAAACAAGAUGCUCGGGAAAGUUUUAAAGAGACAUUUAAACCACUUAUUAAAUCUCAAGAUAGCAUUAAAAAAAGUAUUGAUGAGCAGCAAAACGCAAAUAUAGCACAACUUAAAAAAAAUCAACUUGCUCUUACUCAAGGUUUUGAACAGUUCAACCGAUUAGCUGAUAUGAGAGAAUUACCAUAUCCAAACGAAGAAGGUUGGGAUAGAGAUUGGUUACCAGAACCCCCUACUAAAAUGUUAAAUUUAGAAAAAAAUUUCGAAGGGAGAGAACUAGAUUUACUAAAAGAAUUUGGUUACCCAAGACCAAAUGAUCUUUUUGAAAUUAAUCCUAAAGUCUUAGAUCUAACUUUAGAACAAUUAAAAGAUAAUAUAAAACAACUAACUGGUGAAAUUAGUGGUAGAAAGAAGGCUAAAAAUCCAUCUCCAUUAUAUGAAGCUGAAACUGUAGUUAAAAAAAUGCAAAAAGGAACACUAAUGAAAUAUAGAAAUACUAUGAAAGAUUACUUAAGAUCGCUUAAAUAUAAGGUAGGCGAAGGACUAGCCCAGCGAGGGCAGGGUAUUGUUUACUUUAAUAAUCCACAAGAACUACUAAAAAGACUUGAAUUACUUGGUGGUUCAAUUCUUGCUGGGAAUAAUGGUGUAAUACCUGAGUUUUCUUAAAUUGCACAUCUUUUCAACCAAAUGAAAGUGAUCUCAAAAAAACAACUAAAUGAUUUACUAAAAAAUUAUAUAUCUUUUAAAUAAAAAUGGAAGAACGAGCUAUCCACAUUUCCUCAAUAAACAGGGAAAAAAGAGGAACAAGCAGACCUGGUGAUUUUACUAUUAAGUUUAAUCCAUCUUUGAAACUUGACCCUGAAAUGAAACACCAACUUGCUCUUGAUCGGCUGUCCAUGACUUACUCUUGGUACAACAUUAGAAGUGAUUAUGGAAACAAUAAAAUAAAAUACACUCAUGAUGGAAGGACUUGGCAAACAAUUACUUUUACAGAUGGAAUGUAUUCCUACUCAGAUAUUAAUGAUUACAUUCAUCAAUAUAUGUCUCAAAAGUCUCACCACUCAACAGAUUCAAGUGGAAAAAAGACUUAUUCAAUCAAUCUAACUUUUAUACUAUCUACCUAUCGAGUUCUCAUAUCACUUGAUGGUGAUUAUCAACUUGAUUUGAGAGGAACAGAAUUUGGAGACCUGAUUGGAUUUGAAAAGAAACUUAUUACAAAAACAGAGUAUGGAUCAAAACUACCAAAUAUAACAAAUUCGAUUGAUGUGUUAAAUAUCAACACAAGCGCAAUAACUGAUAGCAUUGUAAAUGGAAUAAAUACAAUUACCAUUGCUGUGAUACCAACAGACAAUCUCACAAGGUCUUAUCCAUUUACGUUUGAACCUAAAAGACCAUUGUAUUGUCCUGUUUCUACAUUUCACAUUGAUGAAAUGAGAAUCUAUGUGACAGACUCACUUGGUAGACCAGAAAAUUUUAAUGGUAUUGAUUGGUUUAUGACUUUAAUACUUCACUCGAUGUAAUAUAACUAUUAAAAUAAAAUGAUGCGACAAUCAGAGUUUAAAAAGAAACUUGACCCUGAAUUGGGGCGAUAUACAAGACAACACAUCUAUGGAGAAGGAAUGAUGGAUGUUUUUAAAUCAGUUGGUAAAAAAAUAUUUGGAAAGACAAUGAAAAAAGCUGCUAAAAAAGCGGUAACAGCAGCUGCAACAAAAACCGGUGAACAUGUUGGCAAAAAGGCUGGUGAUAAAAUAGUGCAAAUGUUAUCAAAAAGUAAUAAUAAACCAAAAGUUACUUUUAAUAAAAAUGUUGAGACAAUUCCAAGUGAAAAAGAGUUAAAUCAAAGUUUAAUUAACCUUCUUAGUGGAGGUUCAACACGUAAGAGAAAAUUAUAUAAUUAUUAAAAUAAAAUGAAGUCUUUUAGAAAUCCAAAAUAUUUAGACAGAUAUGAGGAUGUUGUUUUUGACCUGGAACAGACUCUAGAUACAGCUCCAGCAAAUGACGCCCACCAAACUAAAACAGGUCUUAGAUUUGUUGCUGAUAAUACAGGAGAAACUACUCCUUUUGCUUGGUAUAACGCACGAUUAUCAAUGGAUUUUAAAGUAAAUAAACUAGCAGAUGGGGGAAAUAUUGCGGUUGCUGACCAUAACGGAAUUGUAAAUGGUAGUAACUCAUUUGUAGAAAAAUUAAGUAUCCUGGCAAAUGGUCGAGAAGAUAAUAGUUGUAAUUAUGCAAAUCAUGUUGUAAAUAUUGAAAAUUUGCUUGAGUAUAAUCCUUCAUUUGCACAGAGUGUUGCUACAAACGAAUUUUAUUUUCUUGAUACUUCAAGAGCUGCAGAGGAAAGACCUGCUCAAGCAACUUAUAAUAAAGGUUUUCAUCAAAGGAAAUUACUAUUAGGUGCAUCAGCCACUGUAAACUGUGAAAUUCCUCUUAAUAGAUAUUCUUUCUUUGAAGCAUUGGAAGAUAAACUACUUCCUAAUACAAAAAUUGAGCUAAAUAUCAAAAUUGAAAAAGAUGCAAAUUUAAUUUUUCAAGGUGCUGAUGAUUGUAGAGUUAUUAUAACAAGACUACAACUUUUUAUUCCAAAACUUACGUUUAAUUCAGAAGGACAAAAGCUGUAUAUGGAAAAUUAUCUUAAACCUUACAAAUGGGUAUAUUUGAAUGAAGUUAAAGUUGAAAGGUCAAAUAAUACACAGCAACAGACAGGACAUUUUAGAAUUACAAAUGCUAUUUCAAAGCCAAGGCAUGUAUUUGUUUUUGGAAUUGAUACAGCAAGAAUUCAUGUACAAACAGCAAAUCCAUUUUUAUACGAUACUUUUAAUCUACCAAAUAAUGCUAAUAUAUCAAGAUGUUACCUGGAAGUUGCAAAUGAAAAAGGAAUAUCCAGACAUUCACUUUAAACCUUCUACAGAUAUGUCAAGAGUUUUUAGAAAUGUAAUGUCAUACGUCUAUGCAAAUAAUGAUUAUCAAGGUGGAACAUCACUUAAUAUAGGUAAUUUAAAAUCUUUAUUUCCUUUUGUUUAUUUUGACCUGACAAAACAAAAAAUGGAUAUCAAAGAUGGUGUUACAAAACUAGCAUUUCAUUACGAAUUAUCUGCUAAUCCAAACGCUGAUUAUAAUAUUUACGCAUUAGUCUUACAUGAAAGAGUAGCAGAAAUAUCACAACAAGAUGGAAAACUAUUGCUUAGGGCUUAGAUUUAAUAUAAUUCUAUAAAUAAAUGACAACUUAUAUUGAAUACGGUGUAACACUUACAGAUGGUCAAAGUCAAAAUUGGCUUCUGCAAUAUUACAUAAAUCACCACUAAUUCUUCGUUUAAAAGAUUCUCAUCUUCGAGGUUCUGAUGAGUUAAUGUUAACAAAAAGACAAAUUGAUAAAAUAAAAAAAUCUAUUGCAAAUGGCACAGGAUCAGAUAUAAAGAUAAGUAAAACUCAAAUUAGAAAUUCUGUAAAACAUGGUGGAAACUUAUUUUCAUCACUCGCAUCUCUUGGAGCAAAAGUACUACCUUACGCAUUAAAAGGAAUUUCAAAAGCUGUUCCUGCAUUAGCAACUGGUGCUGCUACUGCACUUGGAGAACUUGGAAUAAAUAAAAUAUUUGGAAAAGGAAUUACAAUUCCCCCACAGUUUUUCCCAAUGCUACCACCUCUUGCAAGAGAAUUUACCAAAUCACAAAUAAAUCAAAUUAACAAAGCUUAACAAACAGGAGGUCGACUGGUUAUUAAACCAACUCGUAAACAGAUAGAAGGAGGAUUUUUGGGUACUCUUGCUUCUAUUGGAAUUCCAAUGGCAAUUAGUUUAGUAUCUAAGAUGUUUGGUGGGGGACUUCAGGUUAAUAGACGUGGAUCAUCUAAUACAGCAAAUGUUUACGUUCCACCCACAGAUGGUGGAGGUUAUCCUUAUCGCUCACCACCCUUUUUUGGUACAUGGGAAAACCCAAUAGGAAUGGUAGUUAAAAAAAAAGGUCCAAGUCCAAAGGAAAAGGUCUACUAUUAGGAAAAAAAAACAGCCCAUUCAACUCAAUUCCGAUUCUAGGAACCAUUUGGUACUUAAACCACUAUCCAACUUUGACCUCAUGGAUUGGGUAAAGAAACUUGGUAUUAAACAUUUUAGAGGAAUAUACAGUCGUGAUGGUCUACCACAUAAGAUAAGAAAAGAAUGUGGAAUAAUCAAUCUCGAUGACAUGACUGGUCCUGGCACGCAUUGGGUUUGUUAUAGAAAUAUAGACAAUUUAGUUGAGUACUUCGAUCCAUUUGGUUUAAUAAUGCCAAAUGAAGCAUUAGAGUAUUUUAAUACUUCUGGAAAACGUAUAGUGUACUCAAUGGAUGAAAUACAAAAUCGCAAUACUGUUCUCUGUGGAUAUUGGUGUUUAUAUUAUCUGUUUGAGAGACAACGUGGUAAUAGUAUUCUAAACGUAAUACAUAACCCGCAUUUUGAUGAUGACAACAGUGAUUUUAUAAAAGAGUAUUUUUGAGGAUAAAAAUAAUAUUUAAUAAAUAUUAUUUUUUUAAUCUUCAUCAUCCGGCUCAUUCUUUAGUAAUUUAAUUCUCUCAACUUUUUUUAUUUAGAUCUUUAACACUAUCAACUAUUUCACUAAAUUUAGAGUAAAUGUCAAUAAGACGAUAAAGUUUCUUCUUUUUAUCACUAUUUAUCUGCAACCAAGAAUAGUCCUCAUUUUUAAUUUUUUCCCACAUCUCACAUUCACCAGCAAUCAGUAUUCUAGAAAGAUCAUCAUUUUUCUUUCUAAUAGACUCAAACUCAUGAUUUAUUUUUGACCUUACUUCUUUCUCAAAAUCUUUUAUUGUUUUAACAUCCAUCUUUUUUUCUAUCUCAGAAAAGAAUUUGGCUUCCAUUUACUAUAUAAACAGAUAAUUUCCUUUUACAACUUUUUUAAGUGUAUUUGAUUUCUCACUUAUUUCCAUAAGCAACGCAAAUACUUUUAUAAAUUUAGUGUCAUUUUCCAAUCUAGAAAAAUCAGCAUAUUCAUAACUCAUGUUUAGGUUAUUGUAUAUCUUUUGAAGUUCACUUUUUAAAAAAUUAGAUCUAGUAGACAUAUUUAUCUAAACAUUAUACUAAAUGACAGAAUCAUAUUGUAUUGUAGAUAAAAGAGUAACUCCUUGCACAGAGCCAAGCGGUUACCAACAAGAUAAAAGAGGUAGAACUCAAUUCUUUUGUAGAUGCGCAGUUUGUGGAAAUAAAAAAGUUAGAUACGUGAAAACUGGAACAGCUUUUCAAACUGGAAGUGGAAAAAAGAGAAAACGAAAGUCAAAAAACUAAUCAGCCCGUCUGAAGGGGUGGGCGCCUUUGAUACUGUUGUUGGUACAGCAGUUGAUGGUUUUGUUCAUUACGGUUUACCUUGGAUGGGUAAGAAAGCAGUUGAAAUGGGACGAUAUGGAGCAAGUGAGUUAAUGAGAAAUAAAAAUCUUCAGAACAAAGCUGUAAAUUAUGGGAUUAAUAAACUCACUCCAUUUAUUCAAGAUUCUGUUGGAUCAGCCAUGGACCAGUUAUCAACCAAAGUUAGACCUAAAAAGAAAUAUAAAAUUGAUAGACCAGAAUUAGAUGGGAGAGGAAUAGAUAUUCACAAGCAGAUUGGUAAAUUACCAAAACCAAAAGGUGGAUGGACCUUACCAGGGCAUAAAUAUACAGGUCCUUAAUUAGUAUUCUAGAAAGAUUAUCAAUUUCUUUCUAAGAGACUCAAACUCAUUAUUUAUUUUUGUCCUUACUUCUUUUUCGAAAUCUGUUAGUGUUUUAACAUCCAUCUUUUUCUCUAUCUCAGAAAAGAAUUUGGCUUCCAUUUACUAUAUAAACAGAUAAUUUCCUUUUACAACUUUUUUAAGUGUAUUUGAUUUCUCACUUAUUUCCAUAAGCAACGCAAAUACUUUUAUAAAUUUAGUGUCAUUUUCCAAUCUAGAAAAAUCAGCAUAUUCAUAACUCAUGUUUAGGUUAUUGUAUAUCUUUUGAAGUUCACUUUUUAAAAAAUUAGAUCUAGUAGACAUAUUUAUCUAAACAUUAUACUAAAUGACAGAAUCAUAUUGUAUUGUAGAUAAAAGAGUAACUCCUUGCACAGAGCCAAGCGGUUACCAACAAGAUAAAAGAGGUAGAACUCAAUUCUUUUGUAGAUGCGCAGUUUGUGGAAAUAAAAAAGUUAGAUACGUGAAAACUGGAACAGCUUUUCAAACUGGAAGUGGAAAAAAGAGAAAACGAAAGUCAAAAAACUAAUCAGCCCGUCUGAAGGGGCGGGCGCCUUUGAUACUGUUGUUGGUACAGCAGUUGAUGGUUUUGUUCAUUACGGUUUACCUUGGAUGGGUAAGAAAGCAGUUGAAAUGGGACGAUAUGGAGCAAGUGAGUUAAUGAGAAAUAAAAAUCUUCAGAACAAAGCUGUAAAUUAUGGGAUUAAUAAACUCACUCCAUUUAUUCAAGAUUCUGUUGGAACAGCCAUGGACCAGUUAUCAACCAAAGUUAGACCUAAAAAGAAAUAUAAAAUUGAUAGACCAGAAUUAGAUGGGAGAGGAAUAGAUAUUCACAAGCAGAUUGGUAAAUUACCAAAACCAAAAGGUGGAUGGACCUUACCAGGGCAUAAAUAUACAGGUCCUUAUAAUGAUCUUGAAAACCAAGUAAGAUACAAUCCGGAAACUGGUGAAAUAUUAGAAAUUUAUGAUCAACCAACUGGGCCAACUGAUGCUGUGGCUAUGCAGCAUGAUGUUGAUUAUAGUGUUUGUGGUGAUGACCGAAAGUGUAAAAAUAAAGCUGAUAGUACGAUGGGAAAAUCAUUGGAUGCUAUUCCUUGGAAAGAAAGGCAAUGGGGGCAUACUUUAGCUAGAACAAUAAUUAAUACUAAACAAAAACUUGGAAUGGGAACAAAAAACGUAAAGCGGCGUUGAGUAGUGAUUGGUCUCAACAAUUAGCCGACGAACUUCACAAACCAAUCACACGAAACUUUCAAAAGAGAUUAGUAGUCUCAAACGGGAUUGAUGAAAUCUGGGCUGCUGAUUUAGUUGAAAUGCAAAAGUUUAGUAGGUGGAAUGAAGGAAUUAAAUAUCUGCUGAUGGUUAUUGAUGUGUUUAGCAAAUAUGGUUGGAUUAGAGGGUUGAAAGAUAAGAAAACUGAAACUGUCAGUAAAGCAUUUGAGGACAUAUUCAAAAGUAAACGUAAACCAAGGAGGCUAUGGACUGAUAAAGGUUCUGAGUUUAUCAGUAAACAUUUCAAAGAUUUUUUGAAAAGAGAGGGAAUCAAUUUGUAUCACACUGAAAGCGAAGAAAAAUCUAGUGUUGUUGAGAGAUGGAAUAAAACAAUGAAAAACAGAAUGUGGAAAAUGUUUACAGUUAAUAACAACACUGUUUACUGGGAUACGUUAGAUAAACUAGUUAAUGAUUACAACGCGAGACAUUCUAGUAUAAAAAUGACUCCUGUUGAAGCAAGUAAAAAGAAAAAUGAAAAAAUAGUUUGGUCUAAUUGUAUGGUGAUUCUAUUUACUUAAAACCUGGUAAAUCAAAGUUUGCGGUUGGUGAUAAAGUUAGAAUUUCUAAGUAUAAGAGAAAGGUAUUUGAUAAAGGUUACACACCAAACUGGACAGAGGAAAUAUUUGUAAUUGACAAAGUUUUACCUACAAAACCUGUUACGUAUAGCAUUGUUGAUUUGACAGGAGAAGAGAUUAAGGGUUCUUUCUACGAGCAAGAAUUGCAAAACGCAAAACAAAAAACAUUUAGAAUAGAAAAGAUUAUCAGACGAGAUAAUAAGGAAAAAAUGGCACUAGUAAAAUGGAGUGGAUAUCCUGAUAAAUUUAACUCAUGGGUUAGCUCUAAGGAUUUGGUUGAUUUUUAAUACAAAUUUCGUAUUAAAAAUAAAAUCUUAUUAUCUACUCACUUUCUUCUUUAUCAGAUAAAAGUAAGUCGUCAACUACUUGAUCUGUUAUCUCUUCACCUUCAUUCUCUUCGUCAUCAAUUGUUAGUAAAGCCUCUCUUGGUUUUAGUGGUUUGACAUAGCACUCAUGUACUUUUAUUUGUAAUGAUGUUACAGUCUUACUUAUAAAGAUUCCUUCAAUUAUCAACGCCAAUUUAACAUUACAGUACUGAUUGAUAUAUUUAAAAGGAUUUAAAUCCUUACCUCCCUUUCCCUUAAACAAAGAUUAAAUUUUCUUUGAUUUUUCUGAGUAAAUAAGUUUUGCAUAUAGAACUGGUGCGGAUGAGUUAUCUAUUCUUGCUUUCUUCUUUCCUUUCUUAUCUGUAUAUUCUUCUUGUUUGAAAUAAAAUGGAGAAGAUAGAGAUGAUGCUAGAUCCGCGCCAUAUUCAUUCUCUAAAUGUUGUUGAGAGAAAGUUAUUACAUUAUUAAUAACAUCAAAAAAUGCUCUUUCUUUAGUAUUCGGUUCGCUAUCUUUAGCCCAAAGACAUACUGGCAAACUAUAACCAACUAACUUGUUUGUUUCUUGAUUUUUCUUCUCAUUAACACCAAAGCUGAAAAGAACUGGAGAUUCAACUACCAAAGCUCCUUUAUUUCCAUUUGGAUAUUUGACUUCAAUUGGAAUACGUUUGUAUUUGAUCUUGAAUGAAUUUUCUUUCCACCUGGAAGUGUAGCCAUGUAUUUGUUAUUUUUUCGUGUUGAAUAAUCAAGAGAUUCAGCACCAAGCUUUUUAGCAUUUCUGGUUAAUUUUUUAAACUCUUGUCCUGUAACAACAUAUUUUUCAUCCGGAACAUAAUCUGGAUCAACAUCAUGUCUAUAACCAUCAUCAACUAUAAAAUCCAAAUCCUCUUUUGUAGGAGUAGUUUCUCUUGAUCUUGGUUCCAUUUAUUAGUUGUUUAUACUAUUUUUUUACUGGAAACCCCCUAGUACUAUUAUCUUCAUAAUAUCCUAAUACCAGGUAAUUCAUCUUCUUCAAACUUUUUUUCCCUUUUAUAUAUUUCUUCAUGUUCAAUUUCUUUUACUUGCUCUGGAGUAUACAUAUGAGUAAACAUGAGAUAUUUACAAAAAGAAUCUAGUUGCUCAUCAUCCGCAAGAGCUUUAAUAACACCAGUAAUACUUAUCUUAGCUGUAUCAACAAAAUUCUCUAAAUAACAAUAAACAUAAUGCAACCCAUACUUAUCUUCUUCAAAAGGAAAAUCAGGAUUUGUUGUUAUAUAACCAAUAUUAUGAAAAAUACCAUAAUACCUAGCUAAUCUUUUUGCUAAUUUAAUCUUUUUCUCAUCAUUACUCUCUUUUAAUUUUUUCAUUGCUUCACUCAUAGUUUUUUUUCUUUCUUUCUCUUUCCAUCCAACCACAACUUCACAACCCUUAUCUUCUAAUUCCUUUAAUAACUCUUCCAUUUUUAUCAUAUGUUUAAAUUAAAUUUGUUAUUACUUUAAUCUUAUAACAAAAAAAUGUUAUAAGAUUAAUCACUAUCACUAUCACUAUAAUAAUCCCAAAAACUACCACCAUCUUCAUACUUUAUUUUAAACUUACUAAAAAAUAAUUCGAAAUCAUCAUAAAUAUUUUUGAAACCAGGAUAAGGAACAAUAAAAGAUGUAUCUUCAUCAUCAAAACAAGAUUUACAAAAAUUGAUAUAUUGAUUAAAAUUAAGAAAAUUCUUUUAAAUCUUAAUCAAAUUAUCAACAUCAAUAUUGUUAAUCUCGAAAUUGCUAGUAUCUUGAAGUUUACCUCUUUCUUGACCUUUUAAAAAUCUUUUUAUAAAAUACUUAAUUCUAACAACUUUUUGAUUUUAAAUUAAACCAAUAGGCGAUUCAUGAAUAUGUUCAACAAAAUACCUGAAUUCCCUAUUAAUACCUAUUAUUAAAAGGUAUUCUUUUUUAAAAUCCCUUGCAUAUUCUGGGAUUUUAUUAGUUUUUUUAAUGCAAUUUUGGAAAUUCGAAGACUGAGCCAGGAUAACCAUUUCCCUAACUACUUGAGCUACAGAAAUCACAGGUUUAAAACUGUAGAACCAACGACCCACAGUUCAACAUUUUUUUUCAACAAUAUAUCUUGACCUCAUAAAUGUUGAAUGUUGAACGUUUCAAGGCGAGAAUCCAUAGAGAGGGGCUCUAUUAUGUUCUUGCUGAACAAAACGAGUACAUUUGUCGACCAGCAUUAUUAGGGACCCUAAGCAAGGACGACGACGACGGCAGUGAAAACAUCGGUAAAAAAAUGAAUUUGCGGUCUUUCAAACUUAAUCGCGUCUAUUUGGACCCGUUCAAUAUGUCAAAUGCUGGCGAUUUUUCCUGGAGUUGAAUUCUUAAGGAUUUUAUUCAGGUUCAAAAAGUGGAACGAAAAUUCGUCGUCGUAUGACACAGUCCUCCAUAAAACGUCAAAUUAGGUUUCACGUGGUAGUCGUGCAGUGGACGUCAAAGAAAUGUACUAAAAAGCGCGAUGCACGUGCAGAGUUGCUGUUUUGAUCAUUGAACCUAUUGUUAUUUUUGAAGUCGUCGUUGUGGUGGUGGUCGUAGUUGCUUAAGCUCCCUAUCAAUACAGUGAAACCUCUAUUUAGGGGACACCCUCGGGACCAAGAAAAGUGUGCCCUGAAUAAAGGUGUCCCCUGAAUGGAGAAUGGGCUGGGGUUUGUUAAUAAUUAUCCAAAUAAUAAAAUAGUUUUCUUUUAUUCUGCCUCGGAAUCUGCUUCAGUCAUUACUUCAGGCGGCUAGAUAAUGUGUAAAAAAUAAUGAUUAACUUAUCUGUGCGAUAUUGUGUUGAAUUCCCACAAGUACUGUUCAUCUAUUUAAGUUUAUAAAAGAACUGAGAUAGUACGCGCGAUCUGAUUGGUCAAAAACCUAUGGUUUAUUAUACCGGUAAACCCAUAGAAAAAGGCAUUCGGAACAAGAGCCGUAAACAAAACCGGCUAUUGAUCUGCAAACAACGAUUUUAGAAAGGCUAAAAAACGGAACAAGUUACUUACCCAUCCCUUCUUGAAAUUAAAAAGCGUUGGUUUCCACAUUUUAUUACAGGGCGUCACAAUUGGCUAAUGCAAUAGCUUUAAAAGUAAUAAAGUACAACGCUGGAAAGCAGUUUCCAUUUCACGACGAUGCCAAAUUUCAGAGAAAGAUAACAACUGUGUGAAUUUCUGGUGUAGAAACUCUCUAGGACAACUUAACCAUGAGCCAACCAGCAACAGAACGGAUAGUUUUAUCAUUCUUGAUUUAUUCUAUGUCAAAAUUAAAUUCCUAAUCGAAAGAAAUGGUUCCAAAAAGAGAUAUCUGAUCAAGUUGUGUUAAAAAAAUCACAAAAUCGACCGCUGUAGAUUGUAAACAAGCUGUAAACGAUGAUCGACGCGCUGGGGUUUUUUUCCAACAUUUGCACAAGUUGUUCGGUAAUAUCGAUGCCAUAACCUACUUCAAACCACCCGACUUCACAAAUCGACCAAUAGUAACGCUAACGUGUGGCUACGGCAAAGAAACCUUUCUCCAGAUUUAGAGCUACCACUGACAUGUUUCCAUAGGGCCCUGUACGUAGAUAAGUUACAUGCGUCAACUUCGCAAAUGCAAGCCACGUCGUUGCCGCAGCAUUUCGUGAUCAUGAUAAAGUCCAGAAAACAGAUCUUAAACCACUACAUCUUGUAAAAAGUGAAUGAAGUCCUCCAUUACAAAAGUUGCCAGUUCCGUCCGUCUGUAAGCACGAAAUUUUUACGGAUCGACUUGACAAAAUACAGCUGGGUACAGUUUGAUGUGCAAUUUUCCACUUGUAGUAAACAAACCAUGAACGCAUUCCUUCAUUGUAGCCUCAUUGUAGCCUGAACGACAUUAUCCUACUUAGCUAAUUAUUUAUUCAUACAGAAAGAAAAUUAUAAGACGUUGUACGGAGAAAUAUUCUUCGCUCAUUAAAUUAGCAAAAUGUACAUUGAAUAUCGCUACAGAAAGAAAAUUAUUUAGCGUCUGUUUGUUUCUCUUUGUAUUCUGCUCAUUAAAUUAGACACAAAAUGCCUUUUUGAGCGACAGUCUUUCACCCAGAUGACAGUAGACUGUCUACUGUCAUCUGAGUGAACAACUGUCGCUCCAAAAAAGGCCUUAAACAGUGCCUAGGAGGUCUGAAAUGCCGUCAGUGUAAAAUUGAUUUAAAUUGAUGUCCUUUGACGAUCUUCAACCUGACGGUCCGCUUAAUAUGGACGUUAUAAUAGGGAUUUAGACAUUUCCCUUUGGUGUCCAUGUUAGUGCACUAAUAGGCCAUUCCCCUUUGCAGGUGAUAAUCUCCUUCGGAUUGGAUGGCGAAGAUCUUUCUCCGACGAAACAGAAUGUUAUCAAAGUACCAUAAGCUCUGGUCAGCUUAUUGGUCCUCACGGAGAGCUAAAAUGUGUUUACAACAGUCCGUGUUCCGGCAAAGUAGGCCUUUUGUAUUUCAAGUGCACUGAUUUUAGCGUGAAGGAAGACUGGACUACUGGCACCAACAGCUUUCAGUACACGUUCGUUACUCCUGUGUCGUCAGCUCCUUACUAUCUUUUAAGGUACCAUCUUUACUGUUUCAUGCAAUUUGCUGUCUAUACGCACGGUCUGAUUGGACGAUAACUAAUGUUUGCCCCAUGUAAAGGAAUUCCGUAUUCCGAAAUCCAGGAAAUUUUUGCUUCUGGAAUCCGAAAUCCUAGCCUUUGGAAUCUGGAAAACAGCUCAAGGAAUCCGGAAUCCAACUGACGUUUGGAAUUCGGAAUCCACGUUCCACCAACAAAGACCAUGGAAUAUCUGGAAUCCGAAUUCACGUUGAGGAAUAAUACAGGAUCCAAGACUGCCUUGGAUUCCCUUACAUGGGGCGAUAACGUGUGUUAAGCGUCACAUAGUUGAUAGGUCUGUUUUGCCCUGGCGAAAUGCAGCAUUGGUUACACAAAAAACCCUAAAGAAGAACAUCGCUGAACAGACGAGCGCUAUUAGGCAAGGUUGUCUAUUUUUUUUUUUCAUUUUUCGUUUCGUGGUUUUUUACGAAUAUACGAUGGCACCUGCAAGCAAAACUGUAAUACCAAAAAAAAGGUUUUACCCAUUGAUGGGGUCCUGGGUGUACCAAUUACAGAUGCGGGAUUUACCAGAAGGCUCUAAUACCAAUACUUUGAUGCAACAGGAAUUGGAAAAACUGGGAAACGAAAAGUGUAGGGAGAAUGAAAAAAAAAGAUAAUUUUUUUCCUGUGAUACUGCAAAUCCUGAAGCAAAAUCGACAUCCCGUGAAGGAACGAAACACGAAGGAAAGAUCGGUAACAAGCCAGGAAAUGGUAUUAAGAGGUUUUUUAGGGAAGCAACCCUGAAAUGUUUGCUUAGAGAGCACCCAAGAAAGGCCUUUCAUUUUUAUUUCUAUUUUAUUAUUUCUAUGUUAUCAUCUGCGCCACAGUGGAACAAUUAGGAAAGAAACUGGGUUAUUUAGUACUAGUAAGGAAAAAAUCUAAAACUAAGCAUACAGGACAGAGCUGAACAACGUCUGCGCAUGUCCUGAGGCGAGCGAAGUCUGGGAUCUAAACUAGUAUCGUUUGCAAAAGGAUUUUCUAAACAUCCUCACAUUUUGGCGAUUUUUACGGUGGACUCUGAAUAUUUAAGGUUCAAAUUUAAAGUAAAUGUAGAUUAUUUCAUUCUUCAUUCAAUUCUCGUUUAUAGUUUUGGAGUUUUUUUUAUAUUUUUCGCCAUGAACAACAGAAGACGCACGCACGAAACGUCUCAGCUAAAUUGGUAUCGUUUGCAAAAGGAUUUCCAUUUUCCAUUUUGGUGAUUUUUAAGGUGGAUUCUGAUUAUUUAAGGUUCCCAUUUAAAGUAAAGCGACAUUAUUUCAUACGUCAUUCAAUUCUCGUUUAUAGUUUAUUUUUUUUUAAUUUUUUUUUUAUUUUGCUAUGAACAAAAGAAGACGCACGAACGAAGCGUCUCUGCUAACUUAGUACCGUUAGCAAAAGGAUUUUCAAAACAUCCUCACAUUUUUGCCAAUUUUUUAGGUGGUUUCCGAAUGUUUUAUGGUUCCCAUUUAACCUAAAGGUAGAAAAUUUCAUACUUUAUUCAAUUCUCUUCUCCGUCUUCGUAAUUUUUCUUCCGUUUUUUGCUAUGAACAAAAGAAGAUGCGCGUUCGAAGCAAAACAUUUCUUUAAUUCCAAUGUUUACAUGUUCAAGCGUAAACAGAAAUGAACGAUGGCGUAUCAACAUGUGAUCAGCCGAGCAUCUCAUACCAGUGUCAGCAUUAAAGGAACAUUUUGAUAUUUAUGUUUAUUUUUCAUGAAUGAUGGACUGUUAAUUUGUUAUUCCUCUCGCUUUGUCUCGCUAGGUUUUACUAUAAGAACUGUAAGAACACACACACAAAAAAAAUUACUGAGGUUUGUCUUCUUUCUUCCAAACAUAUUUUCUUUACGAUGAAGCAACCUGCAUCCAGCUAUUUCAAUCAGAUUUACUAAUAAAGUACAUAGAUUACAAAACUAGGCCACCAAAAUUUCAUGUUGAAUCUAAAUAGUUUAAUUCAGUCUUGCUGUAGUGCAUGGAGCGUAUGGAAAACCAUCUUCCGCAGUUGCUCAGUCGCUGAACAACAGCAAGCCUAACCUGCCAAGUAAUUCAAGCUAGCUGUAAUCCUUGAGUUAGCUUCAUAUUACCUACCUUUUGACUAUAAAGAAAUUAAUUCAUGAAAAAGAUGCAAGUAGUUGAAAAUUGCGACUGCCAUUGAUGAGCAGCUGGGUUCUUUAUCAUGAUUUUUGGUAGUAUGAACGUGUAGUGGGGCACUUCACUUGUUUCAAUUGUGUCCUGGAGUUCCUGAUAUCUUCCUCUUUCACCAGCCAACUCAAUGUCUUCGAAAGUUAAACCUUUUUUACGUUUGUUCAAAUUAUUACCUAACUGUUGCCCAACCGAUCGAUCAAGAAUUUAUACUGUAUUUAUACACUGUUCACAAGAAAAAUAAAUAAUCACAGAACCAAAAUAUAGCUGGGUCUUAUCCAAGAAAAAAAAAAAACUUCUAAAUUCAGCUCUUAUGUAAUAUCAUUAGAAAGAAUAAACUACUUUUAAGUACAUUUUGCACACUUUGCUUAAAAAGUGAAGUGGUUGAAUUGUUUGGUAUUUUUUCUUUUAUGGGAACCAUAAUAAUUAUUUACUUGUUUCUUGAAAUAUUACAAAUAAUUUAACUUAUGUACAUGUCUCCCCUUGUCAAAGAGAAAUUACUGUUCAUCUCCAAUUACAAACUGUCUACAAACUAACACUUAAAUUAAAGAAGUGAGAACUAAAGGGUAGCAAUUUUACUAUAACGGGAUGGCAAGACUUAGAAGCUAUUACAUAACAUAAAUGAUUGGUCAAUAAAACCCUUUACUAAAGUUGAGCCAAAGAAAAAUCACAUACAGCAAAGACAGUGCAAUACAGAGUCUUAUCAGAGGUCCCAAUCCUCUUCACUCUCCAUACCAAUAAAAGGCAGCCUUUUAUUAGGGAUCUUUGAAAAACCAUUCUCAGCUUAGCUCACAGAAGCUAUUUUAUUGCAUACACCAGUAUACGACAACAGUAAAAAUUAAUGUGAGAAGAGAAAAUAGGUAAUAUAAGUAAUACAAUCGAUGCCUGCUGGUAAAAAAAGUAUCAUUGACUUGAAGUUAUCUCAAAGCUUCGUUACAAGGAGAAGCACAAUCUGACUGCUUGUAAACUCUCUUUAUUCUUUUUAUCCUUUACUCUUCCUUUAUUUUUCUCGUUGAAGUCUAGAUCCUCAUUCCUUGAUUCUUCUGCUUCAGUACAUAAGACUGUUAUGAAUGGUAAACUUUUAGUUAAUACCGACGAAAACUCACGUGGAACUCAGUAAACUUGUGUUUCUUUUCUCAAAACUUCACAAGCUUUAAACUUUAAGAGUUUAUCCUGCUAGUAAAAGGUGCAAAAAAUUUAGUAAAUGAACGGGCUUAACUAAAUAAAUAAAUUCUGCAGCUCGGCAAGCCACAGUACUCAAACAAAAUUAAGUUCUGAAGCUUUAUGUAAGAAAAGCCUUCUUUGAUCGCACUAACAUUUGUGUGUGUUUAAAAGCUUUAAUAAGCUUAACUAGGCAUAAUUUCUUGUGUGUAAUGGCAUCAUUACGCUCAUUGCCCGCUUUCGUGCCACUAAGUGAACGACCCACAAGAGUCAUCGUUCGGCUAUAUUACAAGGAUUUGCUCUUCUUCAAACGUAAUAAGGUAAUAUUAAAGUAAAUCGUUACGUGCUAUCGAAGUAAAGUCGCCAAAACUCCAGCAAUGCCCUUUUUCUCUCAGUCAUCUUUCUGCUAAAACGAAAAUGAAAAACCUUGCCGAGACGGUCAAAAGCAUUUUCCUUGGUCCCUAGUUGACUUAAAAUUCCUUAACAAGACUUGCAUGCACUUCUAAUGUAUUCGCACGCGGAAUUUCUUUUUCGUUAGCACUUACCACUGAGUUUACUUUAUGAAAUUAAUUUCACGUCGCAAAAGUGCAUCCCUCGCGCGGCUACGCUUGGUAAACAAGUGAUGACACGGGCAUGCGCAGUACGUUAUUCAGCCCUGUCAACAUACAGCGCAGCUAAAGCGAUAGGAUGAAGGGAAUAAGGCGGAAAUUUGAGGGCACUUUUUACAGCGGGGGGCAAUUAUAGCGGGCCGUCAGCAUUCUAUUUGCAUAUUUACGUGUUCGUUAACCUAUCGGAAUCUGUCCCAAAACACGCUAUCCUAUUAUCUAUACUUUUCUGUUAUUGUUGUUGCCGUGAUAACUCAUCGUGAAAUGUGGAUCAAUGGUUAAAGUUUCAGCGGCUAUGCCUGGAUUUCCUUAAAGCAUGGUGGAGGUUCAUGGGAACUGCGUAUGCAUGUAAAUCUCACUGCGAGGAAUGACACUGGGCGUUUGAAUACAUCUCCAGUGACGACCAUGACGCCAGUUGUGCGCCUCAAAUCGGGAUGUAACCACACCAUUACUAUCCCAGGUAUGCCUGUAGUCCUCUUAAUAUCCUGCUUGUUCACAUUUUUGCCUGUAUGUCCUGAUGUAUGCCCUGAGUUUUUCCAGCAGCAGCAGUUGAAACCUUUUCUUGCUGGCGUCGACGCCAGAACUGUGGACUUCUUUGAUUAUCUCUCCGGUUUUGUGGAACAAAAGUGCCAGGUCGCCAGUGAAGUCAAUAAGUCCACUAUGUAUAAAGCUUCUUUUUUUCUUCGGUAGACGAUUUAUUCCAUCACUAGAAUAUCGCAAACAACGGUGACAACAACCCUGUCUGAAAUGUUCAAAAGACAGUCAAGGCGACCACCGUUCAGACAAGCUGAUAUACAGGGUGUUUAAAAAGUUCGUUCCGAUUGUAAAUUGUAUUUUGCGCAAAGCAUUUAAUGCUUCUUUCAGCAAAUGUAAACUGAUUCAGGUGAGAAAUUUAUCUUAAUAACCGUUCAAAGCAAUUUCAAACUAAAAUUUGAAGAAAUUAUAAUUUUUUUUAAUUUUUGCCCCAACUGUACACGUACGCGAGGUUUUUCCCGCCAUACUUUUGCUGCCCAUUUUGUAGGUUUUCUAUUUUGGCAUUUUUAUCGUUUUUUUUAUUUUCUCUACUUCUUCACGAAAAUGAAGGCCUACACUGUUUGUGCUAGAGCUCGGGCAUCAAUUUUUUAUGGUCUUCUGGCCAUUCAGUCAAAGAAAAAAAUUGCCAAAUUGUCGAAGAAGUCUGAACGAUGACCCAACAAGUGAUCAAAAGUAAAGACCUUAGAAGACAAAGGAAUGGAUGGCCGUUUUUUCACAAACUGUGUGAGAAAUAUUAUCGAAAAAUCUGUAAGUAUAUGCGUAAUAAUUCCACAAAACAGAAAGGUAAAAAAAUUUCAACUUCACAUUAUCGAUCAAAGUUUCGAGUACAACAGUAUGGGGAUAAGUUACCCAAAAAAGGUGGAAAGCCUUGAAGAGAAAAAGGCAGUGCACACUUCAUGCAAGCAUGGUGUCAGAGGGAUUUACCAACUUUAUACCAAAGGAGGACCGGCCGGUAAACUUACGUGAUGUGAAACCCCUAAAGACCAUCUGGAUUAUCGUAGGCGAGGCAACAUACAAAGAUCCAGCCCCCAGAACACUGGACGAGAUUAGACAGUGACUAAGCUUCGCGUGGAAGAAUGUGACUGGGCAUGCUUUGGGAGCUCGUACAUUCUAUACCUCACCGCGUAGAAAAUGUCAGAAAACAUACAGGAAGACAUUCUGCAAAACUGACGUUGGAGUUACGAUCGAGACUGUUUCUUUUCCCAUGCUACCACUCGAAAGGGGAGAAGUUGAUUAAGUGCUAUAUAUGAUAUGCUUUCUUUGUCUGAUCAGGUAGCCUUUUUUAUUGGGCCAAUGGAUCGAGAGCCGUCUCUUGUUUGCAACACUGUAAUGCGUGUCGACCUGUGUCUCAGUUGUCAGCAUUCAGGGUACUUCAGUAUUCGGUGUAUGCAUAUGUUAGGUGAGGCCAUCCUCUUUUUCGAGCCCUGAGCACAGUACAGUGUUUUCUCUUCUGACGCCCUUCCACGUUGUCCUAACCUGAAUGUGUCCAUCUGAUAGUUCUCCGUCUCCGCUGCCACUUUUGUUGAAUUGAAAAGAAAUGUUCUGUACACAUUGCCGAUGUUUCAAGUGCAAAUCUUAGUUGUUGCCUUUCACGCCAGAAGACGGAAUGGCCUUUCAUCUUUCCUUGUAUGCGCCAUAAGCCCUUCCACACCCGGGUUUCUACCCUAUUCUGGCUUUGAAUUCGUUUUCUAGGUUUUCUUGUUUACUGGUUUUGGCCCUAUCCCAAGCCAUUAGCCUCGAGGAGACGUGGUUUAAGUUUGUUUGCCUUCUACUCUCUUAUCUGUCUGCUGAAAUCAAUUAAAUUUAAUUGAUUUCACAGCAAACCGCUUACUGCAUAAGCCAUAGAGCACGUGUUAACAGGGAAUAUCGUCUCCUGGCAACUAGAGCGCUGUCAGAAUAUGGUAAAUGAAUAAUCAUGACUACGGUAAACGAUCCGCGAAGCGCUGUUAACGUGAUUUUGCCGCACGAUUUAUACAAGUGAUAGCGGUUGUUGUUGUUGUUUUUUCAUCUUCCGUGUAUUGCACCAAAGGUUGGUCUACAGAGGUUAGUUGACAAGUGAAUCAAUGGGAGGCAGCAAAGAAGGUUCUGCUAAUAAUACAUUUCCUAUGAGUCAAUGACAAAUCUUCAAGUUGCGUUUGUUUUUCUUUUCCUCUUUAGAAGAUAUUCUAAAUCCAUUGUGAAUUAAUUCAAAAGCACAAUGAGGGUGUUAUCCGCCUCGGCCUACGGCCUCGACGCAUAACACCCUCCUCGAUCUCCAUAAUUCUUCAUAAGAUACUCAGCCUCAUUCAUUAAAAGGUUAACUAUAUUUUUGUUGUUGCAAACGUCCCUUUGGGUUUCCUCUGUAUUUCUAGAAAGUGUUCCUUCACGGUUAAAUAUUAAAUUGAGAAUCACAUCUUUUCUUACUUUUAAUUUUGCUCAGUGACUGAUGCUGAUAACGACGAAGUUCGCUGCCGGUGGGCCAAGGGAUAUGAGUGUGGUGGUAUCUGUGGAGGAAUGCCACAUGCCUGGAUGGAAUAUGUAAGUACCCUCUGCCCUCAUGCGGGACGCGCGGGUUGGAGGGAGGUGGCAGUUUGGACAGAUGAUGAAUUCUCGGUUGGGUGUUUGAUUCCUAAUUAUGUUCCAAACUAACAAUCACUUUACCAUGAUUAAUAACUUUUUCUAGAACAAACCCCUCCGAGUAAUGUUUUAUGCUUGACAUGUAAAAGAAGACAUAAAUAGGGACUUGUAUCAUGUCAUCCACAAGUUUUACAUUUAUUGUUGAAAAAAUGGCUUGACCACCUGCUACUUAUGACGUCAUAUCUCGUAACCAUAGUAACUGACCAUCACUAAACUUGUCUCAAAAUGCGCGUAAGGCAUAAACGAACAGCUACUGAAAACUUGAGGUGCUGAGGUUUUGUCGUCUAGGAAGAAGAAAUAAAAAAAACUCAAAGGUGGGAGGGGUCUGCACGAACUGAAUUAUGUGUAAACCUAUUUGUUUCCAGUCGAUGGACUAUUAGUUGCUAUUAGUUGUAUAGAUUGCAUUUCAUAAGAUAUUAAUGACAUCAUGGUUUGCACAGCGCGAGUGUAAGAUCACCUAUAGCGCAGUUUACCACACUGGUUAUUAUGGCGUCGCAGCCAUGAUCGAAGAUUUUGCCAAGCCAACUGACACAGAGGCCUUGAGUAGUAUACCGCUACAGUUCUUGGUGUACGUUUUCAAUUCGAAUGAAGCGUGCGACGAACGUCCUGACUUCACGGAGGAGACGCGUCCAAAGGGGUCUUGCAUUGGCAUUCCACCUGGAGGAACGUAUUUCGAUCGAAUCAUCGUGCGAGCUGGAGGACCAUCAAAGAGGUGACGUAAAGAUCUGGUUAUGUGUUGUUGUUCUUGUUGUUUUGUGUGUGGAUAUAGUCUACCUUUGCCUUGUGGACGUUUUACUGAAAAAAUAAAUCCAACUAUAAAGAACUCACGCUGUACAGACUUAUACUAUACAGAGCGUGGUGAGAUUCAUUUCUUUUCUUUUUUUUUAUCUGCUGCUUUCUCGCUUUUGUUAGUUUAAUGCAUAUUCUUUUGCAUAUUUCUGAAUUUAAAAUCUUUUUUGGCCCACGAAGACCAGGGGCCAGUCGCAUAAAAACAGUAAAGUUGGACAAAUCAGCUACCAUCUGCAGCUAAACCCAACUGAUGAUAGAAGUAUUAACGGCUGUAGUAUUAACAGCUUCAUAAAUAUCACUGACUCCCCUGAAUCUGCUACCACCCCCUCGGGGGAUUCAAAGACGCCUUUUCAGAGGUUAGUUGCAUAAAUGGUUACGUCAGACGAAAACGCUAAGGGCUUUCGGUUAGCCCACUGAAACUCUUUAUUUUUACGCCAGACGAUAGUAGUAACCUAUGACUUUAACUUUUAGGCAGCUUAUGUCCCGGCGUUCUAGCCUCUCUGCCAUUCAAAAACCUGUCCAGUCCGUCCAAAUAUUUUCUCUGCCAGGGUUGGUUCGACAGUGAAUCUGUUGAAACCAUAUCAUCUUUAUUUACUUUUUUUUUUUCGUUUUCAAGGAAACUGUUUUCUGCACCCCAAUACUUUCUGGCCAUUACGGAUACUAAAAAGCUUGCGGACACGAGGGUGUCCAAAAUUAUGGGAGUUUACUGGAGGUGAAAAUCAACGAAAAUCUUCGAAAAUCGACUUGUUCCAAGCAUAAAUAGUAGUCUUUCCAUCUAUCACCAGCGUAGGUAGAUGUCAUUCCGAAUCAUUACUACAGGAAGUUACAUCGCCAUACUUCUUUCCAGUGAAUUUGUUGAAGGUGCUAAAAUCACUAUCGCUCUUGCACGUAACCUCGUCUGUUUCAUUGAUUGUUUGAGCCCGAGUGUUGUACCCGGUAGGGAAACUUAAAUUUGCACAGAUGAUUCCUCUGCGUGAAGUCGGAAGUUAAUUUACUUGAUUAGUUAAUAAUCCAUUUUCCUUUAUACUGGCUUAAUGUGUAGCGGUGAAGCUAUGGUGACGUCAGUGUUUACGAUGAAGGGUUUGAUUGGUUUCAGCGAUAGAUGCAAGCUGAUUUGUCCGACAUUAAGUUUUAUGAAACUGGCCCCUGAGGUGAUAGAAAAAUUAAUAGGUAAGGUUAAAACGUGGAACUUCACAUGGGACGAACCUAUUUCUACUGAGCGAGAAAAAUAGAUUUUGCUCAUUGGUAUUAGGUUCAUCACAUGUGAAAGUCGUUGUUUGACCUGGGCCUCCACCUCGUGGUUUAGGUCUACUAUUGUCUUCAUGAUUGAGUUGUUGGUGGAGCCUGCACUUAUAUACCUCAUUUACAAAAAGCCUGCACGUACGUAUUUUCUUGAAUAAUAGCUGAACCUUGUAUAAGCUCCCUUACUCUCCUUUCUUGAAAUACAUGAAAUGAUCAUCUCCUUGUCAUAAUUGCCAUCACCCUGUCAUUCUGUCACAGUUGUUGUUUCAACUGUUCUUAUGAAGUUCUAUCCAGAGAGACUUAGAGCUCUUUGGAAAUUAGAGCACUUAAAAAAACCUGUUUCCAGAUCGUUUGCUGAAAAUAAGUAUUAUACGAAGGACUUCUAGAGAGUACAUUUAAAAUCAUCGCCUUGUUCAAUUAAUUGUUGUCCCUCUAAUAACCUUCCAUGAUUUGAGGGAAAACGGUAUAAUUGAUCUGAUAUUAACAUGUAUGUCUUCGUGGCGCAGAAUCGUGGAGGUAACGACCAACAGCCCUCAAGGUUUCAUCAAAUCUCCAGUGGCUCUUUAUGCACCGCAGGAGUAUUACGUCAAUGUCACGUGGACUCCAACGUCAUCGAAGAUAGAAACUAAGAUAUUUUGUUUUACUGGAUUGGAGGAUACUGGGUAAGGCAUUCAUUGAAAUCUCAUGCGCUAUGGAGGCUAUGAAAUCUAACAGUGUCCAGUAUUUAACAAAUCAGUGAACAGCAAAUUUCGCGCGUUUUGAUUGGCCCCCGUAAGUCGGAAUAUCCUUGGCUAUUCACUGUUUGCGACCGGAGACAAAAUGGCGUCUCGUUUCGAUACAUUUUCGAAAGGCGAAAGUUGAGCGAUAAAUGAAGCAUUCGUACAAAUACGAAGAAAGCGACGAACUUUGGCUUGUCAUUGUUUACUGGUGGGUAGAAAAUUAUUUUCGUGCUGAAUUUGCAAAAAAAAAAAAACGCAGAAAGGCACUUGACGAAAUCCCCGAAAUGUUUGUAAAUUGUAAACGAAGUUUCUACUAAGUGACGUUUUUAGUGUACAAAAAGUUACCUUUUUCAUUUUUAUCCAACUGAUUUGGUAAAUACAGAAACAACUAUCUCCCUCAGGGUCAGUGAACAGCGCUAGAAAUAUACCGAGACGGGGGAUAGUUGUAUAUAAUGCCAUUUUUUUCUUUUAACCAGUACAUAUGCCCUUUUACUGGAUUUGCGCCUGGAAGAAACGUUUGGUCUCAUCGCCAGCAAAUUAACGGAAAUUAAACACAACAGAAAUGUGCUUAUCAACUGCUAAUUUUUCAGCUUUAAAUUCGAGCAAAGAUUUCAUGGAAAAGACAUUUUCGGGCCAAAUGAAUAAACGAAUUGAUAACUUAAGUGCAUGUACUACUUUUAGUGUUAAAUUUAUACUCGCCAAUCGCAUCGAAAACAAACAUUUCCAAAAAUCCUGUUAGUCUUUAAGCAAACAACGCUGUCCUGUCUUGUGAUGUAUAUGCUCCUUUCGUUGUAUAAAUAAGGGCUAAAAGUAUACCGGUCAUAUGAUGUUGCCAUGUUUGAGGAUUUUGGGGAGAAUCUCUCUCGAACGUUACUUAAAAUUUUCAAGAAUAAAUGAAUGAAUAAAUAAAUGAAUCAGGCCUUAACCAAACGCUCUGAUUUUAAAAUAUUUGUCGUUAAUAUUGUUUACAGGAUAACAACAGACCAGCGAUGUGUAUCACUGCUUGUAAGAGGUAAUACCAGUUACCAAUUGAAAUUCGAUUUAAAAGCAUGUCUAAUAACACAUUAUUUAUUACCAAACAAUUAUAAUAAGUAAAUUGUGUUCUCGGAGGGUGCCCUUGGAAAUAGAAAGCUGUAGAACAUGCCACGGAUGCCGCUGAUACCGUUUUGAUUCAAGAAAUAUUGUCAUGUGCCAAUAGUAAAGUAAUCUUCUCAAUUUGACAGUCACCUCUGCAUGUUAACUGUAAAAGACAUCAAAGGAGCUUAAAGUAGCUGGGUAGAAUAAUGGAAGUACCCCGAGAAUACGAACUGAAAUCCAAAUCCAAGCCCAUAUCCUGCAUGCACUGAAAAAGUAAGGCUCUUUUAUCCAUCCAUCAUAGGUAAGGUGUCGUCUGUCUUUGAGCGAUUUUUUGUUUCUUUUUGGCAGUUGCUCCACCACAAAUCGUGUCUCUUUCGCCGAUUGGCGAAGUUCUUCCAAAGACUCGAAAGUGGAAAAUAACGUUCGACAAACAGGUAAACAAGCUGCAAAAUGCAGAGGAACACCGAAAACUUGAAUCAGAAUAAAGGGAUAAGAGUUGAUCCCAUUUUUUGUGGUUUAUUUUCAGUUGCUGAGUAUUAGCCGGUUACUGGGUACUUCUGAAAGACAGAGGGAAGGGUAUAAGUUAAUAUAUAAAUUAUAACCUGAAUUAGAGUACUUUAACUGUCUAAAUGGCACUUUGAAUAGUGCAUCUAAUGGUGCCCGCUUACCCGAAAAAAGGCAAAGAAAAUAAUUGACGAACGGCAAUUAAACCUGGAAGAUUUCAAUAAACCAACUCAUUAACUACAAGAUAACGUCGAAAACAAUGCAAUCAUCGAAUACUUUUUUUUAUUAUUUCUUGUUUAUUCACAAACUUUGCCAAGGGGCCUGGAUAACUCACGUAGCAUCCUCCCCCCCCCCCCCCCCCCCACCACCACCACCAAAAAAAAGGGAAAAGGUGAGAAGGAAGGAGUGUGUGCUUACAAGAAAUUGUACUUAAACAUCUAAGUUUCUUUCAAGGGCUAUUUUCUAUAAUUUUUGUUACAGUUUGUGCGGCCAACGCGUAGUAGUUAUAUCAGGAUCCACCAAUCAGACGGCACGGUGGUGUUCAGUGUCGACGUCGCCAUCACAGCCGCUGUGUUGUAUCCUGUUGGAAGUCUGGGACGGACUAUAGAGUUCACAACUUCUGUGGUCUUUACGGAGAAGGAAACCUACUAUGUGACUUUGGACCCAGGUAAUUUUUCCCUUUACCAUUAACAUUACUCGCGAGAAUAUGCAUGAAUAUUUGACAUUAGACAUGAAUUAAAAAAAAAAUUAAGACAACUGCAGUUAUUUUCACAAUCUAUUACCGUGCGAUACACAUUGCGCAGAGCGGUUAUUGUUCUCGGGACAAUUUACUUGUAAUCUAGCUGGAAACAGGUCUGUAAUAUUACAGGUGAAGCGUGAGCUAAAUCUCUCUCACUGGUAGAAGUCUGCAGCGUUCUAGCGAACUGAGGUAUCAAGCAAACGUCAUGACAUGGUUCGUACAAUACAGUAUAUACGUUAAGGAUAACGUUUAUACUUGUUGAUUCGUCAAAGGUUGCUCAAAGUCCAUAGAUGUGCAAUUUUUACAUAUCUAAAACGCGAAUCUUGUACUAAAAAUAAGUCCAUACAGGGCCUUUGCGGUAUAGGGUAAAUUAACAGGAACGACAAGUUCCCUGUAUGAAUGAACUCGUUACAAAAGCGAGAAGAAUCAGUAGCCUCUUUAAAUUGAGAAUGCUCUAUUUUGCAGGUGUAGCUAAAGGUGUUACCUACUGUGGUGCCGAGUCACCGCCUGUCAGGGAUCCUUUUACAUGGAGCAUUCAAAUAAGUACGGUGUUUACGCAAUCAUCAUCUUCAUCGUUUAUAUUCAUCAAAGUUAUCAUCAUGAUCACAUUAGCAUGGUCAUCGUCAUCAUAAUUGUCAUCGUCGUUUUCACGUUGAUGAUGGUGAUGAUGAUCUUUAACGUCACCAUCCCCAUCCCAAUCACCAUCCCCAUCUCCACUCCCACCCCCAACACCUACGCUAUCGCCAUGCCCAUCACCAUCUCCAUCACUAUCACCAUCCCAAUCUCCAUUCCCACCCCCAUUACCUACACUAUCCCCAUCCCCAUCACCUUCACCAUCCCCAUCCCCGUAGCGAUCACCAUUAUCACCACCAUGAUUAUCAUCAUUGUCACCAAAAUUGUUGUGGUCAUCGGAAAACAUCAUCGUCAUUGUCAUCGCCCUUCUUCAUCUCCUUUUCCUCCACCUCCUCUUUAUCGUCAUCAACAACGUUAGCAAUGUAUCGUCGUCAUCCUCCUCCGCCUUUUCUUACUCAUCAUGAUCAUCAUAAAAACUAUCUUAACUAAGCAUUAUUUAACUGCUGACUUUAAUAAUCAUUAGUAUUGUUGAUUAGUCACUCACUUGAGAAUAGUUAAAUGACUGAGCCACAUAUCACUGUUCCUUCACAGAGGAUGUAACUGCUCCUGUGUUAACAUUUGUCAACGCUCCUUCUCGCUCUGGUAGUGACGUCAUCAUCACGUGGUCAGCAAAUGAGAAUGUUUCUGCUCAGUGCACAGUCCAAACACCAACCCAGAUCACGGCCCAACCGUGUAAUAUGUCUUGGAGUGGAACUAAUCUUAGCGAAGGCUAUCAUAGCAUUUACGUCCAACUGACGGACUGGGCGGGAAACAUAGCGUCACCGUCCAGACACUCCUGGUUUGUAGGUAAGGCACAAUACUGUAAUUUAGUUACAAGAUUCAGACUUUUGAACUUCGUGGACUGAUAUUGCUCUUGUACGAAAUGGACCCUGAUGUAUAGACUUGAGGUAUUUUAAAGGAAAGGUUUCAACAAAGCAUAAAACAGUCUUCCUAAUAAUAUGAGGGAGCUUAAGCAAUCACUGCCACGUCGACAUUUGUUUCUUUUCCAAACAGUAAUAUCAGAUUGUCUACAACUGAUCGAGUAAUGUACAAGGACAAUGUGAUCAUACUGGGAAACUAGCAUAACAGUUAACUUCUAUGGGAAGUUAAUAUUGUAUUUAUUCACACUUGAAUUGUGCAGUUAAACGGGAGUGCAGUAAAAUUAGGACAAGCGACAUGACCGGAUACUAGAUAGAUAUAGUCCAUAUGAAAAGUACAAAAACCUUGCCAAGUAAAACUGAAGAGCCAUUUCAAAUUUUCGUGAAGGGAUGUCCUGUUUUUUGAUCAUGUCAGCUUUGAUUUUCUGUUUUCUUCCUUCCCUUUUCGUUCAGAUCGUACACCUCCUCAGGUGACCAUCACCUCCCAACCAACUUCACCAAGCAAUCAAAACUCAUUCACAUUUCGAUUUUCCUGUGGAGGCACAUGUUCUUUCCAGUGUAGUGUGGCACAGAUGGGGAGCAGACCGGCUUUUACUCAGUGUAAUUCAAAUAGAUACACGGCCAGCAGCCUUCAGAAUGGACUGGUGUAUGUGUUUCAAGUCCGUGGAACUGACGAUGUAGGAAACCAAGGAAGUUCCGUGAAUUACACAUGGAAAGUUGGUAAGAAGCCUGUUUAGUUUCUGAUAAUUUUUUUGCAACCCAAUGAAGAGACUGUCCGUCUAACGUUUAGUCCAUUUUGUUCACUGUUUGUUUGUUUGUUUGUUUUUUUUUUCAAAUUUAACGUUGGGGAAGAAAUUCCUUUCUGAUGACAAAACUGCAGGUUUAUGGCAUGAAAAUAGGGGAGGAGGAUGGGGGAGUUGUGAAAGCAUUUGCCUGCUGCCGGGAUGACCCACUUUCGUAUCCAGAAAGUGACAACAAACGUGAGUUUGUUGUUUGUCCUCGGCCCUCUUCCGGGAGGUUUUUCUUCGGGAACACCGAUGUUCAUCAGAAGUAAUUUCCCAACGUUAAAUUUAAAAAUAAAACUGAACAAAAUGGACUAAACUUGAGAUGAACAACCGCUUUGGCGGGCUUUGGGUGAUUCAAACGUAUACGAAAAGAAACAUGAUUGAUGUUUUUUGACUUUUGCAAAAUUGACGGGAUUUUAACGAUUUCAGGGAUUAUUUUCAAUCCAUUUUCAUUUUGUCCAUUUGUGCUUUCCUUUGUUUAUAAUUUCCUGUUAUUUAAGGUUAAUUCCUACACCAAAGUGACAAUGUUUUAUGUUCUACACAAUUUGGUGUCCAGCAUUCGGUUAUGUUCUCCUCUAAUCCUCCUUAAGCUCAGCUGAUUAUAGUGAUCGCGAGAUCUUCCAGCGUUUUCGAAGAUAGCCCUGUUAACAACAACAUUAUUAGUAGUAACUUUUAUGUGGGAGGAACGACGUGAACCUUUUCUCUUUGGUUGUCGUUCAAUAGAUUUACAGCCACCAGCCAUUUCAAGUAUAACUGUACAAAGCGCAGAUUGCACGUCAGAUCUUAGUCCAUCAGCUCUUGGAAGACCCUCUGUAAGUGACAAUGGAGGGCCAAAUAUAACACUAACCUACACAGACAUCCCUGGAGGUAGUUGCAGCUUUCAAAGGAAAUGGACCGCAACAGACCUAGCAGGGAACAGCGCCUCUAAAAUCCAGGUCAUAAAUCUUAGUAAUAUACAAGCACCUACGGUGAUUUAUAAUGCAAAUACUACUAUCGCUUGCGGAAGUUUUGAGGAGCGGCAACAAGACAUGCGCGAGGCAAUCAACGUCACUCAUCCCUGCAAUCGACCAAUCACAAUAACGCACGUGGAUUCCGUUGCUAGCAUCCUUUGCGGUACAACGGUCACACGCACGUGGACGAUAGCAGAUGACUGUGGCAAGCAAGUGUCGAUCGGCCAACGCAUACGAAUUUUACCGCUUCAAUUACCAGACUAUCCAAAGAAUGGUCAGGUCAAUGUGGCAUUGAGAGAAGCACUGCGUUGGCCGCAAUAUCCAGGAUCUGUCAGAUACAAUGUUUACCUCUGGCGAUACGGUGAUGCAAAGCCCUCAUCACCAACCACCUGGUAAGCUUGAAGUCCCCUUCGUGGCUAAAACUAUUUUUUGUACUUCUUCAAACUCUGUUGCCGGGUUCUGGUUAUUGUCUGUGAAGGCCGGCUUAAACCUCAGGCUCGGUUCACCGUUAGCAAGUUGGGGAUUCGCAGUUAGUUAUGCGGAAACAGGGAAAUUUGAUCGUUAACCUAAUUUUCUUUCUCAUUUUUAGGACCCGCUAUUAUCGAUCUUACAGUCCUCACGCAGGCUAUCCAGCUGACAGUCGUUUACUAUGGAGAAUUGAAUACGUUCUUAGCUCUGGUGCCUUGAUUCCAAGUCCAGUCUGGGGAUUCCAAACCAGGGCGUUUCCUGACUUUAAGGUAGAACAAGUCCUGGCACCACCAAAUACCUUCUCGGGUCAAACAUUCGAAGUGUCGUGGACUGUUCGAAAUAUUGGCAAAGUGGGCAAUUUGUUGGUCACGUGGGUAGAUGCUGUCUUUAUUGGCAAAAGCACAGACUUCCGCAGGGCAAGGUAAUGUCACAUUUUUGCUGAACUGGGGCGGUUGACAGAUACAAUUUUAUUUCGUCCGUGUUCAAGAAGGCUUGAGGCCAGAGUUACCAACCUUCUUUUCAGUUGUUUUCAGACACUGAGUGUUGAUUGAGCGUACGUUCCUCCUCUAGCCAACCAAGUAAGCUGCGCGGUGAAAGAGGUGCUUACAAUCAUUCUGAAAUGGUUUUCAGUUGAGAAAUGUUUAGUUUGAAUGGUUUCAUCGUCCGAUUUUCGUAUACUGAGAGAAAGAGGCUUUGACAGAUAGAAGCGCUUUGUUAACAGUUCAGGGCUUUCAAUAAGCACCGACGGCCGAUGAAACACGUCGGCUACUUUGAUCAGAGAAGUCCGCUACUUUUUUCUAUAGAAAGAACUGGGAAGCAACCAGUUUGAAUAACGUCAUAAAUAAAAAAAGGGUUCAUAAAAUCUGAAUGGACUGGUUUUACGUUAUGCUUUAGUCAUGUAGACGCUAUAUUUUAGUCAAUUUUUCAGAAGAUUAAUAGGCUUACGUGCAAAGUAGGUAAUUUAGUUUUCAUCAUUCGUUCAUUGGUUGUAGGAAUUGAUUGAGUAGCUGAUGCAUCAAAACUGGAAUGAAAGCUACAUAUUUUGAAUAAAAAACACACUCUUUUGUCCUCAAUUUAGUAUUAGAACGUUGAAAAUCGCAUUUUAGGGCUUUGAAAUUUCAAAAUAUUCUGGGGAAGUACGCCCGCAGAUCCCCCUAGAAAAAGGGGGACUAACGGCCCCUUUUUGUUACAGUCGGAUACUAUAACUUUUAAUUUAUGCUUUUUUUGUUUUGUGUUUUGUUUUUUUUUUUUGUUUGUUUGUUUUUUUACAGUUUCUGCUUAAUUUUUAUACUCUUAUAAUCAGAAGAAUUCACUUGAAUCAAAUUUCGAUUAAUUUGAUCUUUGGUGGUUUUAAACAGCUGGGUUAGGAAGUUAUACAUAUUGUAAGAAGAGGUUUGAUGCUGUUCAAUAUUCCCUUUUUUAUUUAUAGGUUUGCAACCUCCGUACGUCACAGAGAGAUCCUUUUCCAAAGCGAUGGCUAUACUUCCAAGGGGACAGUUCGUUUGAGGGUGGAUGAGUUCGGCGUGUUUUAUGUCUUUAUUGCUACGGACUGGUAUGACAGGGUAGGUAAUUAUGUACUCAAUGAAAAUCUACUGGUUGUAGAAAUCUUUGCCGUCUGUAAGUGAGGGGCUUAGCUCGUGAAAAAAAGCCAUGAACCUACUAUAAUUGCAAAUACAGUGGAAGUUACCCUAACGGACAGCUCUACUUAAGUUAAGCGGACAGCUCUACUUACAGCAGCCUUCACAAAACCCCGUUUUUCUCAACUCGCAUACAUACUAUCAGGAGAAACGUUGAUUUUUACAUUCCCGUAAGCGGGCAGCUCAAGUUACGGACACCUUUUUCUCGUCCCGAGGGUCUCCGCUUACGAGAGCUUUUAUAGCGAAUGAUAGAGCGAUUUUCGUAUGACCUUGAAAAAUGGUUUCGGUAAGUGUUCUUUAUUUGUUUUAUUAGCCAAUAGACGAAAAGAUCAAAACAUGGACUCUUCGUUUUCCCGCCAAAGAAAAUCCUAAUAUGGGAAAGGCAUUGUUCGAUUAGCUAAUCGAGUUGCAGGAUGACGUCAAAGGAAAGUAUCGAUGAAUUUCCAGAAAGUUCUCGGGCAUAAAGUUUUUUCACCCGAGCGUUCGCUUAACCAACCAAAAUCCACGCGCGUUUGUAUCUGUUCGAUAAACCAAUCAAAUCACUCCAUUUCCGUUCGUUUGUUGUUUCUGUUUUGUUUGCGCGUUUUCAUUUCAAGGUCGUACGAAAAUUGCUCUAAGCAAAAAUUAAUAAACUAAACGAACUAAACUUUUGCUUUGAGGAAGCGUUAAGAGAGUUUUCAUUUUGUUGUUAUUAUUAUUUAUUUUUAGAUAUUUGACAUGGAUCGUUCUAAUGAUGUGCUGUUGGGGAAUAAUCCUGUUCAAGUGCUGCUCACUCCACCUCCCAACCUAAAAGUGGAAAAGAUCGUUGUUCCCAGUCCAUCCUUCUCAGGUAGGAUUGUUAUUGGUACCAGGAGGUAUUCUAUGAAGUUCUGGGCGAUUGUGUGAGACCUUGGAAUCCUUUGCCUACACCUUACCUUGCUCAGUUUCAGCUCACAACCCUAUCCAACACUAGGCAUCAAAAAUCAUUCUCUUUGCCGUUCUGCUCACAACUAUCAAUUAAGUACCUGAUGGUUCAUGUAUUUCGCGUAAGUGCAGAGCUCCGAGAAAUUCCUUCGUCACCCUUCGCUUAGGGAACAUGAAUGCGUCAGGAAUUUAAAAUGGCAUACCACGUUUGCUAUCUCUACCGUUUUCGUCUGCAUUUUUUCCGCACUUAAUAAACUCAGCACAAGAAACUGGUCUAAUUUGUUUCUUUAUAAUCUUUUCCACUUUCCUAAAGGCAAAGCAAUUGUUUUGACUUGGUCUGUGAAGAACUAUGGGAUGGGUGUAACUGCCUACGAUGCAUGGUACGACAGAGUGUACCUGUCCAAGGAUAACAACCGAGGUUGUAUUUACAAAUACUAUAACACAAGAUUGUGCUAUUAUGAAAAUAACUGCUGUUAACGCAAGGGGAUUUUCAUCAGUCUGAUGACACGGGAGCAGUAUUAAGAUAGGGGCGGAAAACGGUUAAGGGGUGGGUGACUGUGUGAAUGGCUGAUGUCACUUCUGAGGAAACCGCGUCUUUAUAUUUCAUUGUUUAUGUUUGUGGACGAUCAAUUUAAGCCUGCAGUAUUAUUGUCUCAUUAUGUAUCAGUAGUGCUUCCAAUUUCCCUUCCUUAAAUGGUUACAGUUGUUUGAAGACUAAUUGAUCUUACAAGGUAUGUUAACUAUUUUAGAUUGGUCUGACUGGCUGUUGGGCACCUUCUACCACCGUGGAGUGUUGCCAGUCGAUGCGAGCUAUACAACAAAGAGAGCCGUCACGCUUCCGCACGCAAUUUCUGGCAAUUUUUCCAUUCUUGUGAUAACUGACGUUUAUAACUACGUAUACGAGCAUAACGACGAGGAUGACAAUCUCAAGUCACAGGUACAAACAUUUAGUCUCGACUUGUUAUGAUUGUAUUGACAGCGUCAUUUUGAUAGUAAGGCGUAUAUCACACACCUGGAUACGCUUCUUUUUACCCAUAGGGCGUUGUCUCCUUUAACGUUCCCCCCCUACCCCCCUUCAGUGCAAGUACUCUUGCUGCGUUGCUUGACAAGCUGCAUGACAUGUUGGUUAGUGACUAAUACCCCGGCCCGAAACAAACGUAUUUUCCAGCUGGAAUCCCUUCCCUUUUCACAGGGAGGUUCCCAGGGGAUUGAAACGUCAGUCACUCAACAAACAUCAGGGGCGCACCUGGCAAUUGUUAAAUUACAGUGUUUGACCCUCGAUGAUCGUUUUUUUUUUUUUUCUAUUUUAUCAUAGUACUUGAAAAUUGACUUAAGUCCUCCGCCAGACCUAGUGGUUCACUCUAUUGCAACAGCGAACCAAUACUACACGGGGGAUGCGAUGAAAGUGCAGUUUAACGUGUCUAACGAAGGACUCGGGGAACCUUUUUACCAUUGGUGGAGAGAUCGUGUGGUGAGUAUAGUGGGGAUAACUUUGAAAAAAAAAGUAUUUUCGCCUUUUUUGGCAGGAAUCGAACCAGCGACCUCCCGCUCUACAAUCAAGCGCCCCGCCGACUGAGGUAAUCCUGCCGCGUCGUUGACGAUAUUUUCAAACAUUUAUUUCCCAACUGGUAACUUGACUAUUGGAGUAUUUUUUUUGCUUUAUUUUCAGACCAUAACUAGCGUUACAUCAAAUUACCACGAAUCCCUGGGAACGACCUAUUUUUCGGGUGUUUUCCCUCCGCUGUCAAUGUACUCAAGGACACUCUAUCACAUGAUUCCUCCCAGCUGGCCGACUGGACAAUACAACAUCACUGUAGCGACAGAUUAUUUCAAUGAUGUUUUUGAAUACAUCUUUGAUAACAACAAUGCAAAAACUGUUCAAGUGAACAUCGUGCAGAAGUUGCCUGAUCUUACUGUAACGUAUGUUAACGCUUCUGAGACUGAGGAUAUCAUACAGGCUUAUGUGAGAGUAUUGUUCUUAGUGAAAAACGUUGGCCCGGGAAAGACCACCGAGGCACCGUGGGUCGAUGCAGUCUACAUCUCGCCACAAGCUGAUUUCUAUCGACCAAAUGCGGUAUGGCUAGGCGACUUUCCUCGUAGGAUCAACUUGGAUUCUGCGAAUGAAUACAGUUUGGACACAGGACCGAUAAGGAUUAACAGAGAUAAUUUCGGCCAGAGGUACAUUCAUGUCGUAACCGACGUCUAUCAGACCGUCGCCGAGCAAAACGUCUCAAACAACAUUAAGUCUUCCGCAAAUGUCACAUUUCCUCAGGUUUUGCCUGAUUUAGUUGUGACAAAUUUCUCGUUGGUGGGAAAGAAUACCUUACUUAGCGAUUCCGACAUAUCCUUGUGGUGGACGGUCGAAAACAACGGGUCCGGAAGUACCCUGUCAAAUUCCUGGCAUGACACUGUUUACCUUUCGACUUCUCCGAUAGUGGAAGGAAAUUCAUCAAAAUUGUCCGUUGUGUACCUCAGUCCAAUACUGUCCCCUGGACUAAGGUACAACCAAGUUUCAUCCACGAGGCUACCGUCAAACGUAGCUGGAAAAUACUAUCUCAUUUUGCAGGUAAAUGACGGCGCAUAUCUAACAGAGAUAGACGAUCGCACGAAAAACUCAGCUUGGGUGUCCAUAAGGAUUCUCCCAGCACCUUUGCCAGAUUUGAAAGUCGUCAUAGUUUCCUUUGUUUUCGUAGCAGAACGUCGUUUGCUGACGGUUUCCUGGAAAGUUUCAAACAUAGGUAGCUGGAUGCGUGAGAGCUAUUCAUGGGCAGACAGAGUUGUUCUUUCCCCAUCAAGAGGCAAGAUCGAUCACGCUGAUGCUCGCGUGUUGGCUUCCAAAACUGUCAUUGCUAAGCUUGAUGAGAAUCAAGAUUAUGAGCUCUCCGUUUCCGUUCAAAUUGAGAACACCAUUAGGGGAAGAUUUUAUGUUAACGUGAUAACAAAUGUAGAAAAAAGCGUGACGGAAGUUUCAGGAGUUUCCAAUAACAUUGGUGUGGCGGCAGAAAUUUUUACCGUUCCAAUUCCCCCUGAAGCAAGGCUAAUUUUAAGUAUCGUAUCAAUGCCGCCUAAGAUUACUUCGGGUAUUCCCUUUUCCAUCACAUUUCGUGUAACCAACGUGGGAUUUGUUACGACAAGCAAGACCUCCUGGACUGAUGCACUGUAUGCUUAUACCAGGAACGAUGCAAAUAGAACAGACGUAAUUGAAAUGGGUGUGAAGCUUAAAGUUUUUUCCCAUAUUGGGGCCUUGUCGGCUCAGGCUUUCUACGAAGUGACAUCCAGCAUCACUGUUCCCCAUGGACUAAACUCCUCAGCAUUCAUCUAUGGUUUUGCUGAUAUAUUCAAUCCAAAAAUCCCAGAUGUCGUUGAACCAACUCAGCCCGACAAUGUGACCCUCCCAACAGUAACGCCUCCAGCUCCACCCAUAAUAGUCAUCAACGAAGGACUUCUACCAGACUUACUGGGUUCGUUGGGAGACCAGAAUGUACGUACUCGCGGCGGUCAGCCAUUGAAUCUCACUUUUAACGUCACAAACGGAGGUGAAUAUCCUGUGCAGGGGCAUGGUAUAAUGCUCUAUAUCUGA